CAUGCAUGUAGUAAAUCAUUAAUUCGUUAAAGGAAUAUGGGCUCGUCAUAUUACAUACAGCUUUGGCCUGGCGAUACACGCCAUCGGUCACUAACAAAUUUCGCCUUCAAAAAACAUUCUGUCCUAAUAUUUUAUUUAUACCACAGUGCUAUUGUACCUCAUGUACAGCUCUGGGUUCUAGAAAUGUCGACAGUUCUUUGAAAAUUCGCCGUUUUUCUUAGAGCUUUACAGAUCGCAUGUUUCGCGGAGAAUCGGGGUGUCCACAUCUUAUGAUCUUAUGAAUUUCAGAGAUGAAAGGAAUUUUGUGAGGCAGCUCGUACGUGGUUCCAUUCGUGGUUAUUGAUCAACAUCAUGAAGGAUAUAACGGUAUGUGUAUCUAUAAGUUUAUGAGCGUAUAGUCUUGAGCUUAAUCUCCAGCCUUAGAUUAUUCCGUUCGCACUUUACACCAAGAGCAAAAAUAGCCAAGAGGCGAUAUGAUGAGAGGUGCUAAUAUGAACUCUUACAUGCUUUAAGACAUUCUCUUUAACCUGAUUCAUUCACAUCUUCGUCGCAGUUGUGUGGAAAGCCCCGUGACAACUAGGUUUUAACUAGGCAAUGUUGCUAGAUUUGAGUUUCAAAAUAUACUUGACGGUCAGACAAAAACCGGCCUGGACCAGUCAAAAUGAUAAACUUAAAGCCAAAAUGCUAACAGAACAUGAUCGACCUCAUACUACGAUUAAACGGCCUUUUCUUUACGGAGAUUUGAACAAAUAAUGUGACUGUAACUUUUUAUUGCUUUUAUCUUCGCAAAGGCACUUGACGUUUUCAUUUAUAUGACGGAAAUUACAAGAUAACAGUGCUCCUGGGAACAGCCCAAGCACGGGGUGGGGGGGUUACUUUCGCAUAUUAUUGGUUGGGGUGCCGCAUUCUUCCUAGUCUCCCUCACAGCCGUUUUUGUCUCGUCACGCAUAACGAAGAGGCUCAAAACCCUUACCCUGUGGCCCAUGCCUCCCCCCCGCCCACCCCACGGUUGGGACUUCCAAGGCCGGAGCCGAUUACUAGUAAUCGGCAAAAUACAAUGGUUGUUUUUCGAUUUAUAUCCUAAAAGCUUUACCGGGGCAUGCGGUCCUCUUCAUCCAUAUGUUUGAGGGAGUGGUAGAAAAGUAGGAUAAAGCUACGUUUGAUUAGCGAUAAAGAGAAAAGCUACUUGGGUUUUUCCGAUGUUUUAGACGUUUUAGCCAUGCACACAGAGGUACAAACUGUGUCAACCUUAUCUUUUACAAAGCCAACCAUGUAUAAUUGCCAGGACUAAUUACCUGUUUAACAAUGUAUUUUUAAAGUUUUUGUUACUGCAAAUGUUUAUAUAGAGCUUUUGUGCCCCUUUGGAGGUUCCUCGACCGUCCGUAUAAAAACUUGCGGCCAAAAUUUUUAUUCGUUUUAUUUUUGUUGUCAUAUUCCAUCGGUGAGGUUAAAAUAGACAAUGAAACCUUUAGCUUGUGUAUUGUCUCUGAAAUGCACAUAGUUCAAUCUGAUUUACAAAUGUAAAUCAAAAAAAAAAAAAAACACGGCGGAUUUCACUUGGAGUUUGUGUGACGUCGUAAAAAUCUCGCGCGUGUCGCGCGUGUUUACUCACGAUAUUGGGGCAUGCGUGGUUUUUGUCUCGAUUCAUCGAGGCGUUGUGGCUGUGUUGCAUUCAAGGCCACCACACAGAAAGUUUUUUCACAACUCGAUUGCGCCUUGGCAUAGAGCUGCAAUCGCCUGAAGUUCUGCACUUUGUUGGGAAAGACUUCCCAUUUGGCUUAGUCCCAAAAAAUGAAGGAGCGAGACAAAACAGGAACCUUAAAUCAGGUAAACUAAUGGCGCGUACUCUUGUUUUUGAUCAGCAUCAAGCGGCUCGUUCGCUUGAAUAUUCGUUGCUCUGUUCUUUCGUCGUUUUUAUUUUUCUGAGCUACACUGACGUGUAUUCCACUUCACUUACUUAAUUUCGAAGUGAGGAAAAACUUUUUUUGUUGUUUUCAUAAACUGGAAUGUUCUGUCGGAGUGUUGUUAUUUCUUCUAAAAUCGUAUUGCCGUGUCACGCACAGGUAGUCGAGUUUAAACUUCAUUUAUAGCUGCUCUCUUCCUUGCUUGUCCUAAAUAUUACUUACUUUUAUACAGGUAUUGAGUUCCCUUGUCUUGCCAGGAUAGCCUCCAAAUUAAAAUGCCAAUCAACCUCUUUCCUUACUGCGACCAUUUAAAGUUUCCGUAGUUGUUUUGCGAAAUUUAUUUUUGGCGUUUUGUUCGUAGUUUCUGGACUUCUUUUGUGCGGUGAUGAAUCGCUCGCGAUCUUUUGAAUUGUUUUCCCUGUCCUAUCUCAUUCGCGUGAAAGUAUACUUUUAGAAUUAUUCUUUGCAAACGCUCGUGGUUUGCCUUCUUUAUUUCAGUGCUAUAAUUCAGUCUUGUGUUUGCAUAUUUGUAAGAUUUGCAGUAGCGCCGUAUGUACUUCCCAAUGUACUGUGACAAAUUCGCAGACUACAAUUCUAUUCAUCAUGGGCAAUGGUAUUGCAAUCCAAACUUCAGGUCAACGGUUUUCUGUCAAAAUCUCAUCAUUUACCAGUCAAGUCUCGUUACCUUUUGAUCGUGUUCGGACUUUCAAAAUGCGCAUAUGAUUAAUAACAAUAAAAAGAAAACAACACUCCUCGAGUCCGUUUAGGCCUUUGGGAUCUGAGUGGGGGCGUGCGAUUUAGGUGUGAAUCUACCACACCUUUUGUGCUAUGCAAACGUUUUAUUUAAGGCUUUGCUCCUUUCAGCAACAAUUCUCGAUCCUUUCUCUGUUGAUUUCCACGAUGUCGAAGUGCACAUACGUUUUGGAAGUCAUUAGUAAGCAUAAAUGCUUUACGAGAACUAUGAAAAUGACAAGUCUUAUCGAGGACGCCAUCAUUUAAUCGGUGGUAUAAUGUGUUACACGACAUGUAUUACACUUGAAUAAGCCUCUAGUGAAAAGCUUUCCAGUGUUAAAAGAACUAAUCACAUGUCAAUUCAAGAAGUUUUCUUGGACCAUGUGCUUUUGCUCUCCGACUGUGCAGGUUGGAAAACUGGUUGUUAAUUUCACGUGUGGAGUAGGAAGUUCGAAUAGUUGAUCGAAACUAACGGUUGACGCAGAUUAAUACGCUUGGCUACUCAAUCUAGUAAACUUAUAUUGAUUAUGCUCAUUACCACCAACCUUGAAUUUAAUAAUCAGUUUAAAUAAAGCCGCUUAUUCACCUCUACGAAUUUGGUUUUUCGCCGGUGUACUUCCUUCAACCUACACAAAAUCGUUUGGAGGUGUAAAAUCGACCUCGAACAUUCCAAGACCUUUGCCUGUCACGCUAUAAUGAUUUCGAUUCGUCGUUAUGUGCAUUACUGUGUCUUCUCAGUCUUUUCUCCAACUUGUUUAUUUUCUCUUCAGUCUUCUGUCUUCUCUAAUUUUUAAACAAAUCUCUUGCUUUUCAGAAACUAUAACGAUAGCCAAUGGUAUACAGUUUGUGGCUUAUGAUUUUUAGCACUCCACAUAGACUAGCUAUAGACAGAAUGUGAAUCUUCAAAAAUAUUUGAAGAACCUUCUUUGUGUUCAACUCUCUUUUAACAUUCUCUAGUUAAUUCUUCAGGUGGCAGACUUGUUAUAAAUUCAUAAUUUAGCAAAUUCAGUUUGAAUGUGUUUCAGAACAUUAGCAUUAAUUUGUUAAUGGUUGUGAAACAUUAGUAAUCUCCUUUGCACAUAAUUAUAAAGCCUGUGGGUUAUAGAAUGUAGUCAGGGAAGAAAGUGAGUCUCUUUUCCAAAUUUUGAAUAAUGAAUGUUGUUUCAUCUGAACUUCAAGAAAACAUUUACAAUUAAAUUCAAGUUCAAAUUGCUGUUUAACUUGUUCAAUGUACUUGCUUGAGAGGAAAAACAUAUGUUGAGAUAGAAAUAGGGAGUCCAAAGGUCUUUGUUUGUUUUUCUUCAAAGGCAAUCAGCAGCCAAUCAUAACCUUUUUUAAAAACUUGAGUUUUUGACAAUAAUUGUCCCUUACAUAAACAUCCCUUGUAAUUAUUUGACUAGUCAAACAAAAUUUCCAGCAGUUUUGGUGUAAGGUUAUUUUUCUUCUUAACCAGAGCAUAAGUUGAGUUUUAAAAUAGCAGUACAUACACUGUACUGGGUGUGAGUUUUUUUAUUACAUAAUUUUUGGUAAGUUGUAGUGUUUUGGUGUUGUCAUUUGCUUUUAGUGUAAUAUGUAAAUUGUGAAAAUUAAUAAUUUUUUAGAGAUUACAAAAUGAAAAGAAGAGAGCUUCCUUAGCUUUCUGAAUAAAAUAUAUCAAUAAAAAUAAUUACAAUUCCUCGCUUAUUUUUUACUAGUUAUAUUUUUAUCCUCUGAUUUUUCUCUUUUAAAGGGUAAUAUUGUGGAAAUUAAUUCUAGUUUGUACGUUUGUUUUCAAGUCUGUAAGUGAUAUAAUUAAUUUUCUUGAUCAAAGAGCUAAUUUAUCACCUUGUGCAGCAUAUUUAACGGUACUGAAGGAGAGUAAUUCUGAGUAGCUCUCAUCUGCAUGGGAUCUCACACUUACUUGUAAGGAAUUCAUCCAGAGUAAAAAAUUAGAACUACUUUGUGUAGCACGAUGCGGUUGAACCUCCAUUAAGCACCUAUGUCGUCAUGGUGGACGGCCACAUUUUCCAGCCGCCCGACCAUUGACACUAAAAUUGUUGCUCACAAUGACUGCAAGACUUGCAGAUUGACUUGUGAUUUAGUAUCACUUUCGAGCAGGUAAAAAAAUCUUUAAAAGCAAAAGCUUGCUCCUGUAAAUGCAAAGUUGGAAGAACUAUCUAACCAACUGAAUGAAUUAGAUUCAAUGUAAAUAUAAGUUCUUCCUACUUUGUUUUUUUUGUUUUUUUUGUUUUUUUGUUUUUUCUCUCAUUGUAUUUCCUUUGAUUUUACCUGCUACCUAGAACAUAAAAUGUUCAGGGAGCUAACAAGAAAACCAACUGGCUCAUUUAGCUUCCUAGCUUGCACAUUAUUCUUGUUACAUUUUUAAUAUAUCUUGUACUGUAAUUGAAUUUCUUAGAGUGUAAUAUUAACCACGUGCAUAGACAAAAGCAUAAUAAAGAUUAUUAUUAUUAUUAUUAUUAUUAUUCAGGGCUGUAGCUAACAUGAGCCUGCCUCGUCUUGAUUUUGGCCUUUUUUUUUCUGAAGAAACUUCAGCUCACUGAGAAGGCUUAAAACAUGGUCCCGAACAAGCAUGAACAGGCUCGCUUUAGCAUACAUUCAUAAACCAAUGGAAAUUGACAGCAGUUCUGUUUAAAAGAGAUGGGAUGCCUCUCGAUCUGGCCACGGACGGAUUGCCUUGGCUUUUGGCAACGAAUAAACGACGGGCAAAAAACUUUCACUUUUCUAACUGUUAAGGGAGGAGUUUACUACUCUUAAUCGUGAAAGUUAGUGACUUCUUAGUCCUACAAGUACAAGACAUGGCAAUAUUAUGACAUUGCUGUCUCAAAGUUGAAGAACAUAAGCAAGAGUGUAUUGAAACAGAUAAUUGAUAAGUGAGCGUGAUUCUGUAUAUCAUCUAAGAACUAACUUCAAAAAAAGUGUUACCUAAGACUUCUCCUUAUCUACCGUAUAAAAUCCAUAAACGUUGGCUACCCUUGUGGAUUCAUUUUAUUGUUAUAAUACAUGUUACAACAUUUGAAUGCUUUAAAAUGCAGAUGGUCAUUAACUUGGCACCAGUAUCGUUAGGCAAUAAAAAAGUGAACUUCUACACUUGCCCAAGAUUGACUUUUCUGAAGAAAAAUGUCACGAAAACUUGCCUCGUCUUGUUCUGAAGUCUGGCCAUGGCCCUGUUAUUAUUAUUAUUAUUAUUAUUAUUAUUAUUAUUAUUAUUAAGUGGCUGGUAAUCCAAGUCAGAUUUUUCACAACUUUGUCAUGAGUCCUAUGAUUUCAUGACCUAUCUCACGUUCUCAGGAGUUGGCAACUGAUUUCUCAUGCUUUCUCAAAAAUUCAAACUCCCAAAAACAUUUUGGAGCUCUAGGGUUUGUUUUCAAGCUGGAUAUUGAAAGAAAGCCAGCCAAAUUCAAUGAAAACCUUUAGCGGUUUGAUUACAUUCUCUUAGCCUACAGCAACUGGCAGCUGCCACCAAAUGCGCAUGUUUCUCAUGUUUCAAGAUGGCUGCAAGCAAAAUCGUAAAAUUGAUUGUGAUGUUUACAGCUCCAGCUUUACAAUAAUAUCAUAAUGUGACUUCCAAUACCCAUGAAACCCACUGGAUGUCCUUCCACUUGGAAAUGUGGGACAUCUCACUACUUUUUACCCAUUUCUUACUACUUUUUCCAGCUCUAGGUUCAGAAUCUCACAUUUUUUGCCUUUUGGGGGUUAGCAAGUCAAAAGUCCCAAAAUUAUACGAAAGAAUAUUGUAAAUUGAACCUCUUUCAAGCAUCCACCUCUUUCAAGCAGCGAAGGUCACCUUUUGGCAUGUAUCCUGAUGAGAGUGUUCCCAUUGUAGUCAGAAAGAGCUGCCUGUUGGUAUUUUGACUUUUCAAAAGAUCCUGCUGCCACUUAGGUUCUUUGUUACCAAUUUCUUAUGAUCAUUUUAAUCGUCAUUAGGUUGAUGUUGCAUUUUUGAGGGCUGCGAGAGCUGGGAAUCUUGAAAAGGUGCGGAAUUUUCUCAACGAUGAAGGGGAUAUCCAUACCUGCAAUGCUGUAAGUAGCCUGAUAUUAUUAUUAUACCGUAUGUACUCGAUUAACUGCCUAGCUGGGUGCUUAUUAAAUGUUUGGACCUUGAGAGUGGGCGCUUAUUCGAGGCUGGGUGCUUAUUAAAUUUUCACCAUUUUCAACACGUGUAGUAUGUUUAUUUUGCAACAAAACAAUAAAUGGUAAUAACAAAACGCGAAGAUAAACAAAGCAAGGUUUCUGUCAAAUACUCUGUCUUUGGGGAUUUCUCUUUUUAGUAAUUCUUCAAAUUUUUUCAGAGUGGGAGGGGAGGGGCAUUGAUUGGGGGUGUUAUGUCCACAUUUGUGUAAAGGAAAUGGAAUCAUUAAACCCUAUCAUGUCAUCAUCACAAGGGACCUUAAGCAACGACAACAAACACCCACAAUACCUUUCAGGAUUGUUGCGUGCACUUUUGAUGACAACCUUUCACAACAUAUAUAAUAAUGCAGUUACAAUAUGUGUGGUUGCAUGUCGUCACUGAAAGUUCUUCAUAUACUAUGAGUGGUGUAGUACAUUAUACGUUGAAAGAAGAGAUUAGACCAUGAGUCAAGUGGUCGCCUACAAGAGGUUAAAAACAAAGGAAAAUUAUAAAACCCUUAGCACUAAAAGUGGUUGUGGUCGCUUAUGAAGGGUGAUCGUUGACAAGAGAUGCUAAUCAAAGGACUUUGAGUAGCAAAAGUUUGUUGUUUUGGAUUGGUGGUUGCUUACAAGUGGUGGUCACAGAUUGAGGUUCAACUGUACUGGCCACGUGUUCUCCUGAGGGAGGGUAAAGCUGCUAGCUUAUAGUGAAAACAUUAGCAACAUACUGUAUAUGGGAAGCCAAUUAUGGCCAGACCUUGAUGGAAGGGCAAAGAGGAAACCUACAGAGACCUCACAUUGAAUUUUUAUAUUUUCUGGAGUGUGACUUCACCUAAAAUGUAAACUGUAUUUCCUCGAAUAAGUGCCCUCCCCCAAAUAAGCACCCACCCCCCUAGGCCAUAAUACCAAACAAGCGCCCCUCUUCAGACCUGCCAACCCCUGAUAAAGGAAAAUCUGGAGACCCAUGAAAAAAAUCUGGAGAUUCUAUAAAAAAUAGUGAGAUUUUAUUUUUUUCCCGAUCAAGAUUAAACAAACCCCUUUUCCAUCGAGGAAAGUCAUUAACAGUUUACAAAGACUACUGGGAAAGUCAACAUGGGAGACGCCUGGGAAUUAGACCUUGUUCCCAGGGCCUACUCCCCUUUCAAAAUGGCGGACAGACACGAAAAAAAACGAUUAAGUUUAUUGAACACAAGCGAAAAUCACAGCUGGGUACAAAAAAGUAAGAACAGUGUUCUUCUUUAUUAGUUUUUCACUUUAUGGCACAAGCAUUCCUCGUUAAUUUCUCAUUUUUAUUCUGAUUCAACGAAUCAGAAUGAUUUUUCCCAAAACCUGUGAGAUUGAGGAGCCUUGUCGUGAGACCAUGAGAAAUGACAAAAAAUCGUGAGACUCACAGCAGAACCGUGAGAGUUGGCAGGUCUGCCUCUUAAAAUAAGCGUCCCCCUUAUCCUCCCCUCACUUUCUUAAAAUAAUAGUUGGUAUACAAGAGGAAUGUGAAGAUCUGUGUAUAUCACUGAUGAGGAUGUUCGCAGGGGUGAUAAGAUAAUCAAUAUUCUAUAAACAAGCAUUAACCAAUACUGAUACAUAUCUGUGCUAAGUGUUUAAUGGGGCUACUGUAGUGCAUGCUUGAUUACCAACUACUGUUUUAACAAAAAAGACUAUUAGUAUUAACUUCAUGUUUCUACUAAAGAUUUAGCCAUUGUGAAACAAAAUUACACUAAUUUAUUGAAAGGAAAACAGCACCCCUCUUCCAAUAAGCGCCUUGGCCUCCUCCUUUUGUAAUUUUGAAUAAGCGCCCAGGCAUUAAGGAAAUACGGUAUUCCACAUACAGCUGUACAACCUGUAUUUAAAAUUCACAUUUCAGUCCUGACUUCCUUUAAAGACUUCAAAGUUAGAAGAGCAAAUACAGUCAUGAUUUCAUAAAUUUUCCAGAAUGUAAUCUAACUAUAAGUGAGGUUUGUGAUACAGUGUACACCAAUCACUAACAACCAUGGUGGUACACAUGUACAAAUAGUCCUUAAACUCAGUAAACCAAAACUAUCACCUGAUCAAGACCUACAGUAUGUGGUUGAAACAAAUCAAUAAAUUAAACAAGCAAUAAACAAAACCCUUUAUACACAUUAGCCAUGAUGAACAUUAUAUGUUUCAUGACAAUUUUCAGAAUGGUCUCAAUGCGCUGCAUUUGGCAUCUAAAGAGGGCCACGUGGAGGUUGUACAAGAACUUUUAAGGCGUGGAGCAGGAGUGAACUUUACCACCAAGAAAGGAAACACAGCGCUGCACAUUGCUUCACUUGCUGGUCAGAAACAUGCUGUUGAAGUUUUGUUAGCAAAUGGUGCAUCUGUCAAUUCAAGGGCACAGGUAUGUUUUAUGAAGAAUUUUUCUGACAGAGUAUAAACACUAACUACAUAUAAUUAAAACACUAUGACUGGUCACUUCUAUGAGAACUUCUGACUUUUGUCCCUGUGUAUGACCCUUGGGUUAAUGGAUGACCUGCUAAAUGGACCUGCACAUACAAGAAAAGUACCUCUUUUUUAACAGUGCAGCUAUCUUCUUCAUGAAAAAUCUUGCUCUGUCUAUGUCAAAUUACAUUGGAACCUGGUUAUAAAGGGCCAAGGGACUGGUGAAAUAUGUUUGCUAUAACAAGGUUUUAUUUUAGCAAGGUUCUUUUUCAUAUAUUUUAAUAUUAAUAGGUCAAUUAAGAGAUAGUAUCAAUCAUCAUAGCAAGAAGAGCAUUGUUCUAGCAGUGCCCAGUGGCCUGUGGUUCGUAACUUUUGCUCCCAGACUACUAGAAAAUCUUACUUUUUUCAUACAAAUCAUACAUGUAUGCUGGGCACCUUGGAUUUCACAAGUUCAGAGCACUGGGCUCCCUUCAAUUUUUUUAGAGCACAGCCUUGAUACAUGUAGGAGGUUUUUAUUAUACAGCAGUUUGUUAUAUUAAGUUUCCACAGUUCUGAUUAUUGCCAUCAUAAAGGGGUUACUGAUCUUGAAAAUAGCCCUGUCCAUUCUUCUAAGACAACUACGAUUUUCCUGCUGAGCAAGUAGCAUUUCCUGUCAACUUGCCUAAAAGGGAAAGGCCAAGGAGGUCACUAGCUUCCAACAAAAUCAAAAUCGAUGACCACAGGAAAUUGUAAAAAUGACUUGUCCAAAACUGUAAUUCAAGUUUUUCUUUGAAGUGCUUCAUCUGGUGUUAUAACUCGUGGCCCCUGAAUGAAAGCCCUGUACAUUUUGUGUACAUUAGGCAACCAUUGGGAUGUGUUUACAGCAGCUUACAUGUAGAUCCUGUUUAAAACUUAUCGGUAGCACACCCACCUCACCAAAUCCUGUCCUAGGCAUCAGUUCCUUAAGUGAGAGUUCCUGCUUUGAUAUAAACUGUUCAUGGGACUCCAGCUGUGUCGUAGAGAAUUUUCAAUUAGCAUAGAAUAGCAUAUAAUUAAUGCCAACCAUCCUGGAUUAUCCAGGAGUCUCUCCCGUAUGGGGUCACCAAAUCUUCCGGAAUGGACUUUUUGGAGCUUUUCUGUGCUUUAGUUUGAAAUUUAGCCCAUUUUUUCCCUCAAAUUUCUUUCAUUGUAUGGUUUCUGGGACAUUUUUGCACAUAUUUAAUAACUGACAAAGAUUAGUUUUGUCAUGAUAGUAGGUACUUCAUGUAAGACCUCAUAUAAUGUCCUAAGCUAUUCCUAUGUCAUAAUUUGGUGGCUAGGUCAAUCUGGGGGCAGGGGGGUGUUGACUUUCGGGGGGGGUAGUGCAAAAGAGAGAGUCUUCAGACUUAAGACCUCCGGAGGUUGGCAUUUCUGAAAUACUUGUAGUCCUGUGGGCAGGUUACUUUAGUGUGAUAUUGUGCCACUGUGAUGAGUCAGUCUAAUCUUUGAUAUGGCUUAGAAAAAGGGGCAGAAUUUGUCAUAAAUAGGGUGUUGUAUCUUGAAUGAUCCAUGCAUCUGGAGUAGAUUUUUUGGCAUGCAAUAUGCACCCAGGUACAGUGCGUUAACUUGCAUGAUUCAUUAUUUUGUAUUACAGAAUGGUUUCACUCCCCUGUACAUGGCAGCACAGGAAGGUCAUGUGGAUGUAGUGAGAACACUUCUAAGUAGAGGAGCAAACCAGCAAGUUACAACAGAGGUUAGUCUAUAUAUUCAGAUAUUAGUACUCUAAACAGGGCUGCUGUCACAAAAAUUUCAAGUUGCUGGGUGAUGCAACAAGUAGAUGGGGAAUCAAAUUGCUAGGGAUUUGAGAUUUUAUUUAGUUUUAUUUAUCUUCUAUUCUCCUAUGAAAGUAGCUGGGGGUUACAUUCCAUGUACAUGUAGCCAGGGGAAAUCCCAUAGGCCCCCAGCCCUUAAUGACAGCACUGUUUAAUGAAGUAUUCUGAAUAAGUUUAGAAAAUAAUUGGUAAAAACUUAGGGAUAAGGUUACAGAAUUGAUCCAACCCAGUUUGAUCCACUAGGUUUGGUCAAUUGGCAAAAUAUACAUGUAUAGUAGAGUUCACUGUGCACGAUUGUGGAAAACAAUGACAUAAUUCAUUCCACACGAAAAUACUGUCUAAGAAGUUUAUUAUGUAAAAUAAUAGUCACUUCAUAGUACAGUAAACCCAUAAAAUAAACAGCUGAAGGUCCUCUUUUUUUCUCAUUAUUAUUACAUGCGUUUUUUUUUCCUCCGGUGUCUUGUGGUAUUUACCAUGUUUUAAAUCACGAUGUCAAGUGAUUGUUAAGUUGCAGCAAAACUACACAGUAUACAUAGAUAACUGAUCAGCUGAUUUCAUCAAUGUUAAUGUUGUAGGUUAAAAUCAACAGGCUAAUAUUCUGUGUACUUUUUUCCAGGAUGGUUUUACACCUAUUGAUGUUGCUGUCCAACAAGGGCAUGAGAAAGUUGUUGCUGCUCUGCUUCAUCAUGACUCCAGGGUAAGUCACUUAGCUGUUCUUUGCAGCUUCCCUCCUCUUCUUGCUACUCCUUAUUUAGAAAUAAUAACGCUACUCUGUCAACAAAAGAGCAUGAACAGACAGCCAUUCAUGUUUACAAGAGGUGAUGCAGUUUAAUGUUGUUCUCAUUUGUGUUUAUUUUGAAUUACAGAAAGGCUACCGUUCUCUCCACACUGCUGCCAGAAAAGACUUUGCCAAGGCAGCCAAGCUGUUACUGCAAAAAGAUCACAAACCUGAUGUUGAGGCACCUGUAAGUUGAUUCAAAUUUAUUUUUUUGAGCUUACUGGCUCCGAUUAUAGCCAGUAAGGCUGCCUUUAAGCUAUUGUUUGCAUAAGAAUGAAUGAAUAAAUGAUGGUAGGCUUAUUGUUCUCGUACAUGCAGUAACACGUUUAUAUUAAAGCGUUAUUAUGACAAAGAGGAAUUUGAUACUGAUUGUUCUUAGGGCUUUUUAAAAAGUUCAAAUAAGAAAUUAUUAUGGUCCAUUUCAUGAAUUUUAAAAACAUAAGUGUUUGCAUUCAUGAGGAAUGGUCAUAUAAUUAUCAUAUUUACAGGAAAAGUGUGCUGUUUUGACAUAUGAUAAUUUUCAAAUUGCUUUAGUCACAUUAAUUUCUUUGCUACAUUUAUUUUUAUCCAUUUGUAAUUGCUUUAUGUGUUGAUUGAGUUUUACUGGUUAAGUAAUGAAUAUUUGUUUGUUGUUAGUAGUAUUAAACACUGAAAAUCACGGUGUGGGAAAAUGCAAACACCAAUUUGUCACUUUUACUAUUUAAACAUUCAUUUAAAAUGUCACAAAUUUGCAUAAUUUUAAAACAACUGGUGUUUUUAAAAUUUCAUCUUAUGGUAAUUUCGUUAUGACAUUAUUUUGCGCGCUUAAUCUUGGCAAGAAAUCACAAUUGUCCCAAUGCUUUAAAGCACUUAUAACAUGGAACAAACAGUGACAAACAGUGCGUAUGCCGAUUAGAAGUUGCUACACAACAUCACUGCCUUGAAGAACAGUUUUGUUUUGCAAGCACGUGAUUUUUGUGCGGACUAUUUACUGAAUGGCCAGCAAGCUCAUGUCCUCUCAUAGGACUAUUUUUGCAUGUUAUAGAGAUGGUCAUGGUUAAUUUGUUUGUUGCUUGUGUAGUAUGUUUUCAUUGUCAGAUUUUGUUGUAUCAUUCCCUCACUGCUGGUCUUCAUCUGGUCAUGGUUUUGAUUUGCUGUGUGAGACUAAUAGUAGCUUUGUAGUUGCUUGUGACUGAUGCAUUUCCAUCACAGUUCCUACUGGCAUGUGUAAAAAAUGGUGGAUUAGAAAGGGACAGCAGGGAAAGAGCUAGGGUGGGUGGGUAAUCUCUGGGGUUUGACAACUAUGUUAAAAUACCACUUGCACAUUUUUUUUUACAGAAUGGCUUCACUCCACUUCACAUUGCAGCAAAAUAUGGAAACCUCAAUGUUGCAGGAGUACUAAUUCAACAUGGUGCAAAUGUUGACUACAAAACUAAGGUACUCACAUCAGAGAAACAUGUCUGCAUGCAGAAUGAUUUCCUCUCAGCAAACUCUAAUUAAAUAUUAUCGAUAUUUCCAGAAGACAUUGUCAAAGACGUGUACACUUAAUAUUAUAGCGUGACAUAACUCAAAACUUUAUUAAUAAGCAAAUAGAUAGUGAGUUCUGAGUUUAAAAUUAGAUUAAAAAAGCUCUCCAGACUCACUGUAGGCUUCCUGCUCUCAGCCAUGACCGGGGCAAUGAGGUCCUGCCCACAUUGCUGAGUCUCCUGUCAGGUGACUUAAGUGGUCACAUGGCUUAACAUCAACUGCAUCUUGAAAAAGAUGUUGAGAGGUUGUUGAAACAUUGACUUAACAGUCUUGCCAGAGUUUCAAUUUGCUAUAAUUCUUUGAUGUAAAUUUAUUUUUCAAUAAUUAGUAUAAAUCCAGAAACUAAAAACCUUCACACAUAAGCCCUGCCAGCUUUUAUUUAGCCCUGCUGAACAUGACUUGAUCUCAUUCCAGAUGAAACAUCAAAAAUGUAUAUAUUGGUAAAGAGUAGAUAAAAAUGAAAUGUAGGUCCACCAUACUAAUGAAAUAAUAUUAACAUUUUAUUACUCUAUUUUUUGCUGGUUUGCUAACUAAACGUUCUCUCAUUUUUCUCUGUAGAAUUAUGUUAUUGCUCCACUUCAUGUAGCAGCUAAAUAUGGCAACCUUAAUAUUGUGACUCUGUUGGUAGAAAAAGGUUCAAAAGUUGAUAUACCCAACAAGGUGAGAUUAUAAAUGGGAGGCAGAAAUGACUAUGUGCGUAAGUUAGGGUGCCCCCAAAGGCAGACUGUCCAACCAUCCUGAUCUUGUUGGGAUUCUCCUGAUUUUGCAUGAAAACCUGGAUCAUGAUCAAUGUGUGAUUGGGGUAGGAAAAAUCCCAAUUUUGAUCACAGGUAACCCAGGCUCUGUGAUAGUACCACAGUACGGUUCUAGUAAAAUUACAGUGUUUACAUGGGGUAAAAAUAUUGUCCUAAAAUUUCUAGGAAAUACUAAAUAAAGAUCAAUAAAACUUACUCUGCAGUUAAUUGUUGUUGUCCUUAUUGCUCCAACAAAGUUUUGUGAUAGUUUGCAGUAAUUUGUUUAAAUUCACUCUAUCUACAAUAAUAAUAUACAAGGUAGGAAACACGAGGUGCCAUUUUUGCCGACAUGCUCUCAUUCAACACAACUAUUUUCACGAAAUUCGAACUCCAACGGAAAAUAAACAUGCCAGGAUCGUAGAAAUAGGAUAGCAGCAGAUAUAGAAACCAAUGAAACUUUCCCAGAUAGAGAAACGAAUCCCACAGACUUUGGCAAACUCGAAGAAUAUAAUCCAAACAGACCGAGAAUACGCUCGCCGAAGCAGCCGGGCCAGAUCAACACGCGGCCAAGAAAAUGAGGCCUGGGCACUGUACAAAAAAAUUCCAUCCCGGGGGUCCUGGGGUGACCUUUCUAGGGACCGAUACAUCAUUUGCCCAAAGCCACCCUCCCCUACUGGAAAAACACUUGAUAGAAGGCAACUGUUCUUCCUAGCCAAUCACUAUUUGCCAGAGCAAACCCCGCACACGCGCCUAAAUUUAAAUGGCAAAAAAAUAUAUAUAUAUAUAAUUAGGAGAGUCUGGGGAGUUACAAGACGCCCCAUUUCUUUUACUAAGGAAUGCAAAUAACAGUAAUGAAACUAAUGAAAUAACAAUGCGAAAUACUUACAAGGCGGGCUAAAAACAAGGUUGAACAAAAGGUAGAUGAUGACUAAGAUACUGUUGCUGUGAACUCUCGAGCGAAACUAUUGUAAAUAAACAGUGAAGCUUACAAACUAAUGUCAAAAAUUAUACUGAAAAUUGCGACAGAAUAUGAAUUGCGAUAACUGAGACGGAUGUGAAAGGCACGUGCACCAGUAAACAAAGAACUAGCGCGAUUAACAUAUUUAGCGAUUAAUGCGGCAGUAACACGCCGACUUCUUAUCAAUACAGGUGAACGCUCUAUCGGUUAAAUAUAUGAAUCAUCGUGAUACACCUCUCUUUGAAUUUGGUCCUGUUGUACAAAUGCCUCGGUAAGAGCCAAAAUUCACUCAUAUCUUUUGCUCGUUUUGAGUUUUGUAAAUCCUCCUUCGUUGUUCUUUCCUUUGCCCUUAUACUGCUUAUAACCUUGCCCUAUUGAUUUUUGAUAAACUUUCUGAGGACCAGCGCCAGGCGCUGAAUGUAGUUCGAGAGGGACAUAAUCUCUUUAUAACAGGCCAGGGUGGUACGGCUAGGAAGAACAGUUGCCUUCUAUCAAGUAUUUUUCCAGUAGGGGAGGGUGGCUUUGGGCAAAAUAAUGAUGUAUCGGUCCCUAGAAAGGUCACCCCAGGACCCCCGGGAUGGAAUUUUUUUUGUACAGUGCCCAGGCCUCAUUUUCUUGGCCGCGUGUUGAUCUGGCCCGGCUGCUUCGGCGAGCGUAUUCUCGGUCUGUUUGGAUUAUAUUCUUCGAGUUUGCCAAAGUCUGUGGGAUUCGUUUCUCUAUCUGGGAAAGCUUCAUUGGUUUCUAUAUCUGCUGCUAUCCUAUUUCUACGAUUCUGGCAUGUUUAUUUUCCGUUGGAGUUCGAAUUUCGUGGAAAUAGUUGUGUUGAAUGAGAGCAUGUCGGCGAAAAUGGCACCUCGUGUUUCCUACCUUGUAUAUUAUUAUUGUAGACAGAGUGAAUUUGAACAAAUUACUGCAAAUUAUCACGAAACUUAGUAGGAGCAAUAAGGACAACAACAAUUAAAGGCCCAUGUUCACCCAAACGGCUUUGCGCGCUUGUGUUUUUGUUUUGAAACGAUUCUUUUGUCAAAUGCAGUGUUUUGAUUGGCUUCCACUGUGAGGAGCGUUGCGUGACGAUACUAAAAACGACUGCGAGGGAGACUACAAUUGCAGCUUUUUAUCAGAGAGGCCAGUAAGACUUUUAAUUCUUUUUCAAAUGGAGGAAGAUAUAUCGCCGACUUUGUUAAAUGCCCGGGGUUAAAUGUCACCGCAGAAAGCAGUUCAAAAUUUAAACUGGUAGUGAAUGCAUCUGGAUGCUUUGUUGAGUCCAAUGAACACAAUGAAGGUCAUAAAUUACGAAACGUCUAAUAAGCACCAGGUGAGGUUUUCCUGAAGCCCGAUUCGACUGUGAAAUGUUUUGAUUCCUCAAUCUAUUAUUUUGUGUUAAUUCUUAGGAAGCUUAGGUAUGUGUGCUCGAAAGAAUAAGCGAGAAGUUGUGUUUGCAAAGCGUCGAAUCGGCACUGCGUACGGUCUUGUCGCUGUAAUCGCUGUAUUACACUUUCUUUAGGUUUUGCUAAGGAUUGGUUUGCUAAUAAGAGUUCUCGCUACUUUAGGGCCAGAUUUAAUCGUGAUAUGCCAGACGAUAAGUUUACGUUAAGGAUAUCACUCGCUUCAUAGGUUAAAUUAAAUAAAGCAUUGUUCAUGUUAGAUUGACUCGCUUGUUUUGCUUUCAACUGAUUUCAACGGGACCUUUGUUUACAAUUGAACAUUCGAUGUAGAAGGAACUCGGCAAACACGCUGUCUGUAGAAUUUACAGCCAAGAGUUUCUUUCCCAUCUCUCCAGGGAUUAAAAAAACGGAUUCACGGAGACUAAUGUACUUCGGCGACCCCCGUCGACGCGGUCUUCCAACCAUGCUUCCAACCGUUUGUUUCGAUGGAGCCGCCAUCGAAAGUGCUGCAGUGAAACAAACUCUCACAGAAACAAAAAGGCUCGAUAUCAUUCCAAAAUAUCCAAGAAGAUGUAAAGAAAAAUACCAAAAGAACUUGUUGAGACUUUCUGUUAAACCAGAUUUAGCGAACUGUAGAAGAUUAACAAAGAUUGACCUUACACACUAAAGGCAGCGAUUUUCAACUACGCGAAAUGUUUUUUCUGGAGUACAGGGCGCGCAAUGCAUCUAGGGUGAACAUGGGCCUUUAACUGCAGAGUAAGUUUCAUUGAUCUUUGUUUAGUAUUUCCUAGAAAUGUUAGGAUGAUAUUUUUACCCCAUACAAACACUGUAAUUUUACUGGAACCGUACUGUGGUACUAUCACAGAGCCUGGGUUACCUGUGUUUUGAUUAGCUGUUCUGGUAUUUUCAAAUGAAUUCUUAUGAUUCUUAUACAAGAACACCUAAAAGAGUAAACUUGACUGAAUCUCAGAUAUCCAGAAAACUUAUUGCAUGAAAUACAAAAUAAAAUCAAGUACUUGCACAAGAAGCCAUGCAUAUUAAUAUACUGGUAAACUUAAAAAUGACAAUUGAUUUAGCAAACAUUUAAGACAGAAAUUGUCCUCUUCAGAGCAUCAAGAUUUCAAAACUGUCUGGGGGAGCAGGCCCUCAAUCCCCGCUAGCGGCUUGCUCCUUUGGUGCUCAUGGGAUUCAUCACUGAUUAGAAAAUAUCCAAGUUUUACAUUUUCAAAAGGUUGGACCAUGUGCCAAGUCUUUAUGUUGCAAUUCACAGAUAUCUUGAUCACCUCAAUUUUUAAUAUUGUUUUUUCUUUGCCUUUAUUUUUUCCAGGAUGGUCUAACACCUCUUCACUGUGCCUCAAGAGAUGGACAUGACACAGUCGUAGAAUAUCUUGUAAAUAAGAAGGCCUCCAUAAUUGCAAGAACUAAGGUUUGUAGAAUUUUUAUUAUGUCCUUAGUACUUUUUAUUUUAAUAGGGUGCUCAUACAGUAGGUUGUCAUCAGAAAUAAAAAAAUGACAUGGACCUUUUACUAAAUGUGAACCCCAGUGGCUUUCUUCAUGAAUUUGUAGCCAUUGUGUUGUUCUUGAAAAUUCCCAUUUUUACGUGUACCCCUACAGAGGGUUCUUGGUUUGAUAUACCUCACUCCUCAUUUGUUAGCCUGGUGUGGUCAUUUUCUUGAUAUUACAGGUUACUAUAGCAACCAUGAUAUAUUAACUUGCUUGUCAAAAACAACCUCAAGUUCAGCUUUAUGGACUUACACUUUCAAUGAGUUUUGGCAACCCCCAGUUUCUAAUAUUUCCAACAAUGAUAAGCAUGAUGAAAUGCAACCUUUUGGCAAGUUAAAAACCUUGCUCAGAGCCACCUUAAUGUUUCAAAUAGUGUUAAUGUAUCUCUGUACCCUCUCCUGAAAUUUAUUUUAAACCUUGCAAAAAUGCUGGAAAGUGCUUCCAGCCAAUUCAACUUAAGGGACGUUUUGAGAGGGACAAGUACAUUUAAUUAGCUGACAUAUUGAGGAUCAUCUCCUCACUUUUGAUAAUGCAUGGUGAAAUUGCUUAGGAAAAGGUUUAAGGUCAACAGAAAAAUAAUUUGUCUGUCAAGUUUUCAUUAUGUUUCUCAACUAGAAGAUAAAGAGGUCUGAAUUUUUUUUGAGAUCAUCUUCCCAACAUCUCUUCACCAAUACUCUUAAUUCUGCAUUACCUUAGAGGAGAAAAUGAAUUUUGAUCUCAUCUACAUGACUGCUUUUUUUUUCCAGCAUGGUCUUACACCUUUGCACAUGUCCUGCCAAGGGAACCAUUCCAGCACAUCUGUCCUCCUUAUUGACAACAAGGCUCCAGUUAAUGCUGUGGCUACAGUAAGAACACAUGAUCUGUAACAAAAUAUAAACAUCAUGUGGCCUGUAAUAAAAAAUGGUUUUAACUCAUGACAGGUAGACAGACAGACAUAUCAUGACAGUGUAAUGACUCUAUUGAAAUUUGAGAACAUGUUUGUUUUGAAAUGUGCAUUUUGAAGGCAGAAUUUCGGAAAGAGCUAGUAUCUUUAGAUAUUAUUUAGUUUUCAUCUGAAAUCUAGGCACCCCUAGAAAAACAUCUCACUUUCAUGAUUUGGAAAAAGUUAGCAGAUUAUAUACUUGCAGUUGUGCUGGAUUUAUUUCCUUCUUUUUUCUGGCCUUCUAAAUUUCUUUCAUUGUUGUUGAUUAAACAGUUAAUGAAAUUCAACAUCUUUGUUUUCCUCACUUUUGGAACGUGAUAUGGUUUUGAAAAUUGCUGUCAAAACGUCCACAAGGUUAUUAUACAUCCUCAUAGACUCACAUUCACUCUUCUCACUGAAGUACACAUAGAACAUUGAUUAAUUUUAGUCUGCUAGGCACUGAUUUUCUGAUUUUUUUAUUAUUAUUUUCUACAAACUGUUAAUGACCUGGUCUUUAUUUUCUCACCAUGUGUUUAAUGGUUUGUUUGAAUUUUUGUUGGAGCUUUCCAUGUACUUUUGAUUUGUUUCAAAACAAACUUGUGGGAAGUCGUCUCUUAAUGGUGAUUUUUUAUUUCCUUUUUUUUUUGUAAAGAAUGGUCUUACACCUCUUCACAUAGCAGCACAUUAUGGUCACGUAGAUAUUGCUGAAUUGUUGCUAAAACGUGGAGCUGACACAGAUGCAAGAGCCAGGGUAAGUCAGUCUUGUUCAUUAGAUGUGGCCUUCAAUGAAAACAUCAGAACCCGAGAGUAUACAAAAAAUAUUCAAGGAAAGAUGUGGUAAAAAAACACCCUUUUAUUCCCCCAGUAGCGUCAAAAAUGAGAAAUUCAAGAAAAUUUCAGCUUCCAUGGUUAUAAAAUGUUGGAAAGCCGAAAAGAACCAUGUGGAAGAAGAAUAAAAGGGCAAAUAUAAUUAUUCCAUUUUUUGUUGAAUUUUCUGUUUAACACGCAGGGGUUUCAAUACGCACCAACGGCCGACGAAACGUGCGCCUGCUUCUUUGCUCAGAGAAGUCGGCUACUUUUUUCUAGAAAGAAGAAGCAAAUAGUUUGAAUAACGUCGUAACCAAAAAUGCAUCAUACAAUCUGAAUGAAAACGUAAUUAUGUGUUUUCAUAAAGGCCCACUGGUUUUUUACUCAAGUCAUGUGAACGCUAUGGUUCAGUCAAUUUUUCACAAGUUUGUUUACGUGCAAAAGAGCGUAAUUUAGAUUUCAUCACUUGUUCAUUGGUUGUAGGAAUAAUUGAUUGUCUGGCUGAUAGAUUAAAAGUUGAAUGAAAGCUACAUUUUCUUCAAUGAAGGAAAGAACCACGCUCUUUUGUCCUGAAUUUAUUUCCCAGAAUGCUGGGAAUCGCAUUUUAGGCCUUUAAAAUUUCAAAAUUUUCUUGGGAAGCACGCCCCCAGACCCCCUCCCCCUUAGAAAUAGGGGACUAACGGCCUCUGGUUGAAACAGUCGGUUACUCAAUUCAAACAUGCUGGCUACUUCAAUUUUUAUUGAAACCCCUGAACAUGUCUUUACCAGAAGGAAAACAACCUGUAGUGGACAUGAUGGCUAUGCCUUCAGCCCUUUGUUAGUUUCAAAAGCCUAAGACAUUGUUUCAAGUACAAUUAAUGCAGUCUCAAGCUGCAAAAAACUGUAUUUAACUGGCUCUCUUGCCCAACAAAUUUAGUUACCAGUCUUUAAGUGUUGAACGUCGAUGUCAAGGUGAAAUAAUUCAUUGACUACUUGCCUUGAAAAGAUAGCUGGAUAAUAAGCGGUUACUGAUAGGAAAAACCCGAUACCCGAAAUAUAUACAUAACUAGGAAAUUUUAGGAGAGCAGGGGUUUUUGACUUUAGAAGGAACGGCAAAUCAAGGUGAAUUUCCUUUAGAACUAAUGCCAUUGGAUUGAUUCUUCUUGCUUAUUUUUGGUGUUCGUGGAUACUGCAACUACUUUAAACAUUGUAAUUGUAUAAUUUUGUAAGUUAGAGAGAUAACUUUGCUCUGUUGCUUCUGUGUUUGUUUCUAGAAUGGAUUUACUCCUCUUCAUGUUGCCUGUAAAAAGAACAGAGAACAAGUUAUUCAGCUGCUACUAAAAUAUGGUGCAAAUGUUCAUUCUGCUAAUGAGGUUAGCUGUCUCUGUCAGUAAACAAUUCCACAAUCCUUCUGUGAAGUCUCACAUUUUGAUGAGAAUAUUGUAGAGUAUGUCAUUGUUGAAAUUAUUUUAUUGGUUUCUUUUUCUUUCAGGGUGGCCAAACCCCAAUGCAUGUGGCAACAUAUUAUGGAAACGUGACGUUAGUCCUUAUUCUUCUUCAGCAUGGUGGCUCACCUGAUUUCACUAACGUGGUAAGCACUCUUUUUAUUCUAUUCUAAAAUUACUGUAGUCAUUUUCUUUGUCCAGUCAUUUAUGCUACUGGUUUGGUAGGCACAUGCAUGUAUGCAAACUAGGUGAAUUGCCGAGGACUUUAUUCACAGGCCUAAUUCUAACUUAUCCUUCAAUAAAGUGAAACCUUUUGAGGACUUCCUCUUCACUGAUUUCGUGAACGCAAUGGAAGAUUUUAAAUCCAAUUGUACAUUAGGUCAGCUUUAAACCCUGUGAGUUCAAUUAAGGUCUUUGUGCUCUGUGACACAGUAAAACACAUGGCAAACUGUACAACCAUUUUGCAUGUUGAUUUGCAUAAUCUCAUAAUUAUGCAAAUGAGUUUCAGUAGCUGACCGGAAGUUUUCUUUCUGACAAAAUCAAUCAAAAGGAUCCCUUUUUCCGAUAACAAGCUUGUCAUCACCUCAUGAUAAUAUUGUUCUUGAUAACUGAGUAGAAAGGAAAACUUAUGUCAGGAUUUUUCUUUGCUAAUUAUUAAUUUUAUCUUCAUGUUUUAGUAGGUUGCUAAAUUUAUCGUAUCAGCUUACACGUACUAGAAAAUUAUUGUGGUAGUGAAGUGAUCAAAUUUAACGAUUUAAACAAAUUUUGUGGUCUCUGGGGAAAAUAUUAUGGGACUAUUGUUCUGUAAUUUAACAACAACAACCACCUUGUCACAAACUUUCAAUAAUUAUACAAGACAACACCUGAUGCCCAUUAUUAGCUUAAACUAGUCAAGAUGGGCGCAAGAGAACAGAUAUUUAUUAAGGAAAAUUAACAAUUAUUAAAAAGAAGACAUUAUUGGUAAAUUAUUGUAAAUUCCGUGGCCAGAGAAUGUAUAUGCGACAACAAUAGGGACUCAAGUAGGAAGUUAAGAUACCUCAACGGCUAUGGUGAUGCAAACGUGAAUUCGCGCCGUUUCUCGUGAUUAUUCACACUCGGUUACUUUGUCUCCUGAAGUUGAAGUCGUGCAGUGAACGCCCGCGGCAUAGAAAUGUAAAAAAAUCAUAAGAAGUGCGAAUUCUGGAUUUGCUUGUGUUUUACUAGCACUAUUCACACCACUUGGUGAGAUGUUAUCCCUUAUCCUCUUUACCGUCCACUGUAUUUUGUGUGUUUGGCUGUAUAUUUCACUUGGGUGUCACUGUCGUGCAAAACUAACUACGAGAGAAUGACUGGACAACCUAACAAUAAACGACUAUUAAACUGUGAUAAUAGACGGAUCAAAACGCACCAAUGGCACCACGAGUCUUCAAAACCAAUAACAUAACGGUAAUCUUGUACCCAGAUCUCUUGAUUGGGUUCGUCAACAAGAGAUCUGGGUACUAGAUUAACAUCACGGCUUAACUGACUGAUGACCAACAACAUCGCGACUUGAUUGACCAAUCAGGUUUGGUCCGACCGGAAUGUUCGGGACCAGCUUUGAGGGUGGUCCAUUUUGACAAACCUGGUCAUUUUGGUCGGUCGGACCGAAAUGUCCCAAUUGUUGUUCCCUCCUGCUUACAAGAACAAUAAACAAACACGCUGAGGGUUCGGUCGGGUGUGUGCAACCGGAAUGUGCCGUUCCAUUGGGCACAUAGAAUUUCCGAAAUUUCCAACCGGAAUUCAGUCUUGUUGAAUGGAAAGCGCCGUUUGACUCUGAAUAUGACCACCACUCAGCUGUUGAGGUUGUCGAAACGUCAGUCACUGCCAACAACUCCUAUUCAGGACUACGUUCACCCGCACGAUCAUACUCAGGCUACUUACGAGUGACCCUUGUGUUCAAACCUUUCACAGUUUUAUUAUUUAUUAUUGUAAAAGAGACCCACCCACUUAUUUUAAAUGUUGUGUACGUUUUUUUCCAGAGAGGUGAAACAGCCCUCCAUAUUGCCUGCCGUCGACGUCAUAUAACAAUUGUGCGACUGCUUCUUAGGAAUGGAGCAGCAGUGGAUGCAAAAACACAGGUAGAAAUAAACAAUUUGCUUGUGAUGGUUUAGUGAAUGGUUAAAGCUUCUUUUUAAAAGGUAGUGUCCAUUUAAACCGGGAACUGUAGGUAUCAAACAGAGACAGAGUGUUUCAUCUCAAAAUCAAAUACUAAGAAGAGAGUUGAAAAAUGAUACACAUUGAACCAUUUUUGACGAGCUUUGAAGUGUCUGAUAUUGAGAUUAAAUGCUGUGUUGAAUGCUUGAUGUUUCUUCUCAAAUAAAAUGAUUUUAGGAGGAGCAAUUAAGGAUGCAAAAAUAAGGGGUUCUCCAUCUGAUUUCCAAACACUCAUUAAAUAUCAUUUCACAUUAGUGAAGGAAGAGUGGAAAAUUCCUAGAUUUGAAGGAGAGGAGUGGGUGGAGAGUGUUAAGCCUUGCUCUCAUAUGAGGAACAAGAAGUCAUCGGCAACAGAAGCCAUCCCUGUCUUAACCGACUGGCCAGCAUAUGAGAGCCAUAAAUUAUUAGAGCCAGAUAGAGUUAAAGUAACCAGUUAUUUUGGGGUUCUUAGGCUUCUACUUAGGUUUGGAUGGGUAGUUGUGACCUAGCCUAAAAAAUUUUGCUCCAUUUUUUGUUAUAAGGAUUUUGCAUUGGAAAUGAUGCCCCACUCUAGAAAUAAUUUUUCCAAUUUUGAACACCCAUUCAAGACGUUUUCUUCUCUGCUAAUAUUGAUGUCUCAAAUACAAAUACCCUAUUCCAAAUCAAGUGUUCCAAAACCACACUUCUGUUGGUUGCCACGCACCAGUGAAGGUAAUGUGGGGAAGCAAACGUCCCCUCCCCUACCCAUGAUCAGGAAAGCUACUGACUGUGAAUGUCUCCUUCCUGUUUCUUUACCUUUCAGGAUCGCGAGACUCCACUGCACAUUGCUGUUAGGACCAAAAAUACUGAGAUGGUCAACCUCCUAUUGGAUCAUGGUGCUUCUCCAGAUGCUAUUGAUAAGGUCUAUAAAUCUGUGUUUUUUUGGAACUGUCACAAAAGUGCAAAAUAACAGUUGUAACAUUAUUGUGAUCACAAUUAACAGGACAUUGAUUGUUAUUACCAUUCUUUAUGAUCGUUGUCAUCGUCACAAUCUUUGUCUUCACUAUCGUUGUUGUCAAGGUGAUGGAAGCGAAAACAACUUUAUCAUUCAUCAUCAACCUUUGCGAUAAUUCAUUAUUUUUAUUAGUAUCAUCUUUAUCGUCUUCCCCAUCAUCAUCACCUUGAUUGUUAUCAUCGUUAUCGUCAUUAGCACUUCGGAAGAGGUAUUGCAUAGCAUCUAGCCACUGUAGGCUUUGUUGUUUGGAGAAAGACGUAUUGUAUCCUUAAAGGUGAUUCCUCUUCCUCUACGAUGCCAAGACACAAAGGACCACUUUCUAAAAUGACGUACAACUUAGAUCAUAGUAGAUAACUUUUUUUUCCUAGUCUUUGUUUCAUCCCUUUUCGUCCUUGCUUAAACAAUGCUUAGAUCAGUUAUGCCCAGUUAAUGUCAAAAUGGCUUAGAACAUGGCUUUUUUAAACAUCCACUAAGCUCGGCUUUUAUAACUGGUCAAAUGACUAAAUACUCCAAUCUUUGUGGUAAUUUUUUUUCUACAAUAUAGCCAAAGCAUGCCAGACACCUGACAGAUGUCAGUAGAGUGGGAAUUAAAUUAAGUAUCGUCUGGUUAAGAGUCAUCUUUGCUUGAAACAUAGUCUUCAAAAGAUAUACAUCCUGGAUUGUUUACAUUUAACCCGUGAACAGUAUGAUUAACAGUAUCUUAUAAAUUUCUUUUCAUCAGAACAAAUGCACACCUUUGCACGUUGCCGCUAGAGACGGUGAUGAAGAGCUUGUGGAAAUUCUACUGGAGCACGGUGCUUCUGUCACGGCGCUAUCGAAGGUAACAUAUUACAGUCCGGUCAGGUCAAUAGUUGUUAUUCCCCCAAGAUUCCGUUGAUGAAUUGAUUAUUUUAUGGUCGAUUCCAGUUGUUUCCAUCUCUGCAUUCCUGAAUGCGUAAUGAUCAGUGAAUUCGCACGCACGUUCAGUUUUCUUAAAUUUGAUAUAAAGGUAUAUCUUCCUGGCAAUUUUGUCUGUUCAAAACCAUUCAAAGAUCUUUCAAUCUGUCCGCGACAUGCUGAAAAAAUUUUAAUUGUAGUCAAAAAUUGAUUAUGAUAACACCAGGGGUACGUUUGACCUGACGUAACUGUAUUCAUGUACACUUCACUCACACAUCAGCAGCAACGCUUCUGACCAUUGUGCAGCCAUUAAUUUACAUGCUUUAGUUUUGUUUCACCAAAACAUUUUAUACAUUCUUUCACAGAAAGGGUUUACACCUCUUCAUGAAGCGGCUAGACAAGGCCAUGUUAGAAUAGUGGAGAUCUUACUCAAGUGGUAUGACAGUCCAGACCCAGAAGGAAAGGUUAGUCAACUAUCUCUCUGAUAUUUUUAUUAACGCGUUGAAAAGGAGAAAGACGGACAUGUUUGUAUAGAUGCACAAUCAAACAUUUUUAUACUACUUAUGUCGUCUCUUUUCCCGCAUUCAUAAUUAUUUGAUAGGUUCAUUUCGUUGUUUUGUAGCACGUGGUAUCGGAGUAAACGCUUCGUCCACAAAAUUUUAAACUUCGUUCCGAUGCUAUGUUUUUUUUAUGUAGCGUUUUGUAUACUUAAAUGCGGUGGCACAAACAUAAAUUUAUCAAGUCUCAGCGAAUUAUUUUGCUCCUGCAGAUCGGUAAAAAAAUAGCCAGAGAGUAUUAAAUGGCGCAAAUUCACUGAUCUUUUUUUGGCUCUUGGCAAUAUUUAUAGCCCAAAGGCUAGUGGAGCCCAGGAAAUCGCACGACAUUGUUAAGAAUCGGCAAGCCAGUUUGAUGCCUGCGAGCAAGCUCUUUGUCAGGCGGGGAUGUAGAGAAACACUCUUUUUUCUCUUCAACCGUUUAUUCGAGGGAGGCGAUUAUUUUUAACAUUUCCAUCAAAGGGGGGCGAUUACUCGAGGGACGGCUAUUAUUCGAGGAAAUACGGUAAACUAACGUGAAUGUACACUCUAAGGCUACGGCAUGAAUAUUACGGUGAUCAUUUGAAUAAGAGGGUUUUUUUAAAUCUAUUGUUUGAUUUAUGUUAGUGUUCUUUGUCUUGUAGCAUGGUCUUACACCUCUGCAUGUUGCAACACACUACAACAGUGACAAAGUAGCCACUUUCCUGCUGGACAACAAUGCUAACCCUAAUGCGCAAGCAAAGGUACCCCUCUAAAGUCAUUUUAAUUUAUGGUAUAAACACUAUUAACGUUCUAAGCCCUAAGAGUGAUCAGCAUGAAACUUCUCCUUAUUUACAUCAAUGCUUAAGAAAACAGAGUGGUCAUGAGAAUUGAGCACAUGAUCAGGGAAGAUGAGUCUAAUUGAUAUUUCAACAAAUUCUGCCCACUACGUCUAUAGAAAAAGUAUAGGGACAGUAAAAGAGAAGAUCUCAAUUUUGAUAUUAGGUUUUAAAGGGUUGAUAGACAGGCUUCCAUGGUCUUUUCAACUUUGGACGUGGACCAGUGAGCGAAAAUCCGUCAACACAGCUAGAAAGAAUGGCUUGAAAUUAUUAAAGAUGCAAAUUUUGAACGUGGUGUGUUGAAUAGCUCCGCAAAGUCGCGGAAUUUUACAGACGUUUUUAUGAUCGGGGGCAAGUUUGCGCCUCCCUUCCCACAAUACAAACGUCUGUAAAAUUUCGUGACUUUGUGGAGCAAUAUUAUCGCCCGCUUUUAACGAAUCGCCCUUAAACUUUGUAAUUUCCCUAAAGUUUCCUUUUCCGGGUUUCUGUCUAAUGCCCCGAAAUUGGAAAAAGAAAACAUUUGUCCCGACCGUUUUCCAGAUUUCGACGUGGAAAGUUCUAUUAUUAUCUUUAUCAAAAAUAUGUUUAUUAUGAAAAAUCUGACUGAUCUCCGUAAAACGGUGGAAACCGGUGUGGAUCCGCGCUUGACUACAGCGGAACCCCGCCUUACGACCACCUCGUUAUAACGACCAUACUCUUUCGACCCAAACGUAAGAAUCACUGAGUUAUUUUAUUAUUUUUAAGACCCCCACCGGCACCUCGUUAUUACGACCAGGAUUUUAUGGCCUAACGGUGGUCGCAUUAACGAGGUUCCACUGUAUUUCAAAAGCUCUGUUACUCACACCGAUAAAAUACAAUCAUUGUGUUCGACGUGACUUGAACUCGUAUUUUACGAUUGAUUUUGUAGAAUGGAUUCACGCCUCUGCACAUUGGAGCCAAGAAAAACAGAAUAGACAUUGUACUCAUGCUGCUGAGGCGAGGGAUGGACCCUGAUAUCACAACUCAGGUACUGUCUGUUUUUAUUGAUUAAGGCGGAAUCCACCAGAAAACUGAGUAAUUUUAAUUUUCGGUGAACAAAAACCUUGUACCAGAAUAAUUUAAAGAAUAUUGCAUUCUUUUUUACAUUUUUCAAGGGCUAAAGAUGUAAUUUGUCUUCUGUAAUAACACCAAGGAACAUUUCUCAUGGGAGUCCCAGAAAAUGAAUGUCAAAUUUCACAAGAAUUGUGGAAAAACAGAAAAAUUCGGAAAAUUUCAUGUGUAAGAUGUAAUUUUGGGAAAUUUGACAUUCGUUUUCUCAGGCUCCAAAAAGAAAUUUUUUUUGGUGUUACUACAGAUGAUUUAUUACAUCUUUAGCCCUUGAAAAAUGUAGCAAAGAAUGCAAUAUGCUUUAAAUAAUUCUGGUACAAGAGUUUUGUCCACUGAAAAUCAAAAUUACUCUAUGUGCUGCUGGAUUCCUUCUUAACCUUUUUAGCCCCAAUAUCCACAUACAAAUUCUCCAAACUGAUCUCCAUACAUUUCCUUAAAGAAUUAGUUGAGAGAAUUUGAUAAAAGAUCAAAGAUUUUUUCCUUGGUCGAUGAUUCUAUGAACUCUCAUAAACAUUUGUAUUGAUUAUGUAAUGAUAUUGUUAGAAAAAAAUCAGUGUUGAUCGUUAUUGGGACUUAAAGCCCGGUUAAUUCAGUUGUCAGCCUUUUUCACAGAUCAGCGGGCUCAUGUCUAUCUAAACUGCUUCGCGCUACUCUAAUUAGUGAUAUUUGCACAGACGGGAAAUCUUCGGGAAAUUUUAGGUUCAACUUCCGCCGCUCUCUCGGGUAUUGGGGCCCUUUCCUGGAAAGUCCCAGUGACUUUUCGGGCCCGGAAAUGUUUGCCGUGUUGGCAUUCAAGAUCAAAGUGUCAAUAAUUUUGAAAACGAUGCAAUAAAACUAUCAGUUAAGGAAGCAAAACUGACUGUUUUGUGAACUAGUGACUGUGUUACUAUUCAAAGGUUUUGAUUCUAAAAUUUGCCUUCUGGCCCGAAAAGUUCCCGGGGCUUUCGAGAAACGGGCCCCAGAAAAGACUCAUCUCGGGAGGAACAAGACCCGGAAAGAAGAGCGGUCUCAUUUCCCGAACAGCGGCCGUUAAUCGAGCUUGGAUCUUCCCGUUGUUUAGGCAGUUCCUUGUCAAGCUAAGCCUGUUUUGCUUUCUCUGUUCAGACUGGCAUCAGCCCUCUACACUUGGCAGCUAAAGAAGGUCACGUGGAGCUUUGUGAACACCUCGUGGAAAAUGGAGCUCUCCCAGGCGUCACCACCAAUGUAAAUAAUGAUAUAAACAAUAAUAUUGCAAUAAAAUACCAACAACAACAAAUACAAAACAAAACAAAAACAAAACAAGGCGUAUUUUAGAAACAAACCUUGGUCGUGUUCACAUAGUGGUCCCAUCUUUGAUUUUAAAUGGAAGACGCCUGCACUGCAGGCUAGUUUAUUUCUCACUGAAAUCUGGUUUAUUUCAAUCAGCCAGGGUCAGUAAAGAUAGAAGCCUGUAGCGUCAGGAGUUGGCUGUUCGCCUGUAUUUCGGAGGCUGGCGGAUGUCUUGAUUUCAGGUCGUUAGGAAAAGAUGAAAUUUCCAUUUCUUUGAUGAACUUUAAUUAACUGUACAAAUCAACUAUACUGUACCAAUUAACUGUUCUUGCUGUGUUUAAAGUACAUCAAAAACAGGUUACUUUAGAAUUCAUGUCAAAGGAAUGGUAUCGCAAGAAUGAAGGCAAUCCGGAUUAUUCUGGAAUCAGUCUCAGGAUUUGACACUGAUUUGACGCGAUUGCUCUGUUAAUAUCAUCGGCUUUUAUCUGACGGGAAUAUGUGUCGUUAAGCUAAAAAUACAUGCUUAGAUUUCUUAUUUAAGAAAAUUGUAUGUUUUUUGUUAUAGAACGGAUUAACGCCAUUGCAUCUGACAGCUAGAGAAAACAGAAUUGAUGUGGCUAAACUUCUUCUCAAGCACAAUGCCCCUAUCAAUGCCCAGACUGUGGUAUGUAAUUUAUUUGUACAUUGAGUUGGAGUUGCUUUCGAUUGAGGGUCGAAGGUAAUUUAGCAGUUACUUUGGUUCUCCCUGUUGAAGGAAGGCCUGUUUACACUGUAGGAUUUGUCGGUGCUAUCUGUUGGCUGCCAAUUUAUACGCCAAGGUUCAUCGGGCCGGUCUUCAUUUAAAGGAUAAACGUGGGCCGACAAAUCGUACGUUGUUACCGGCCUUUUAAUAGCUCGCGCCUCAUUCUCAACCAAUGAGGAGUCCAGGGCUGUGCUCUAGCAGCGCCCGGAGUCUCCUUAAUUUUGCUUUUGGGCGACUAGGAAAUCUCAGUUUUUGCAUAGAAAUCAUAUUCUGGACGCCCUGGACUUAACAGGUUCAGUGCACUUGUCUUAAAGCACAGCUUUAGAGUCAUAUCAAAACCAUACGUGACUUGCUCACACACAUAUUUCAACCGCCUGGCUCUGGCUUCAGGUAUUUGGUUCAGGUUCUCGAACUUCUGUUGUCAUUGGCUGGUUUAGUUACCUUGGCUUUUUUUCAACCAAUCAGAAGUAAGGCUAAAACCAAAGGUUACGUGCGUUUUCCCGCGCUGUAGUGUCUGUUUUGACUUCUGAUUGGUUGAUUUAAAUGACCGGAAUAGAUCCACGGUUUUUGUAACUUUUAACAGUCACCGAACAUCCAUCGACACUGCUGAAAAGAUCGCCUUUAAACUAGGAAACUUACCAAUUGUAAACUUGAUUUGUCAGAAACUAAAACAGCUUUAGUUCCGCAAAGUCGUGAAAUACUAUAGUCGUUUAUUCGACGGGGUCAUAAACCGGCCCUCGUCUUACAAAUUGCUGCUCAAUUUCUUGGCUUUGCGGAUGUCAUCUUUUCGUUAAUUUUUGACAUAUCACUGACUCUCAAACUUAGCAUGAAUGUUACUGAUUUUAUGGCUUUCUCUCCGGUGGUGUUGACGGAUUUUACUAACUGGUUCGUCAUGUCAAACAGUUUAAAAAAGGCUGAAAGAGUCUGCUGUAAGCAUAAUUGCCAAAACACGAUUGGCAGUUUUGCAGUUGUCUCCAAUUGUUAAGUUUGCGUCGUGUAACACAGACUGACAUGAAACCACUUAUUUUUGCGUAAAUAUACGGAUGCUCAUGCUGACGUUACCUAUUGAUAUUAAUGUGCCAAACCAGAAGCGCAUUAGUUCUUGAAACAAAAGAUUCUAUUAUUUCAAUCUUUACAAAUUUUAGUAACAAAAAUGAUGUUUGUAAAGAGUGAUAUUUCUUAUAAUUAACAGUUAACGGAAAGUUAAGGGAAAGCUUGAUCGCAUGGUAUAAAAUAACGUUCACCGUUUGCUGUAAAGGGGAUUCUAACUCGUUGCAUUGAUUUUUGUCAUUCUCGCUUACGUCACUUUCGUGGCUGCUGGCCCUUUUAAACCCUAACAAUGUCACAGAGUCCAGAGGAGAUGUGUUUGUCGUUAGAACAUCAAAACCCGUCGAAAACCUCUGAAAAAAUGGGUUAUUUUGAUCGCGUUACAGUUUCGUAACACGUUCUAUAGACCGCAAACCAAGAGACUGAGGGCUCACAAGAUCGGUUUACAGUAUAAAAUACUUUUUUUUUACUCGGCACUUCGUGCCUCGGUCGCCCUUCGGGCGACGUGCCGUGCGCCAGCGAGGAUAUGGCUUGCGGUUAUGAAGUUUCAAAAUGGCGAACAAAAAAGUCGAUCUGGGUCAGAUAAGAAGCGAAGAAAUUGUUUACAGUAGAUUCAUAAAGAUCCUAUUGUGCUAAUUAAUCGUGCUAAGCGACAGGUAUAGACAUUUUUCAAGGUGAGACUUUAAAUAAAUUAUUCAUUUAUUCACACGAAACUCCUUUGGACUCUGUAACAAUGUUUAGCAUCAUUCACUCUUGAGCUAUCACCUCUUUCACUAUAACAUCAUGAGAAUACAGUAUAUGAUCACCUUAGAUAAAACACCCUGAUUUUGAUCCAAACUCUCUUCACAAGUUCCAUAUGAAUUGCAUAGGAAGUAGUGGGGAGAAAAUGUAUGCUCAAUAAACUGAUCUGUUUCAUGUAUUUGUCCUCACUCAGAGUGGCUUCACUCCUUUACACAUUGCUUGCGUAUACGGUCACUUUGAGCUGGCCAGAUUACUACUUGAGGCCGGUGCUGACAUCCAGGCCAAGACGAAGAAUGGUUACAUGGCACUUCAUCUUGCCGCACAGUAUGGACAUCAGUGGAUAAUUGACCUGCUGUUGGAAUACGGAGCCCCUCCAGAUGCCCUGACCAAUGUGAGUAACUGCUUUUAGUUUUCUUUUAGCCUGCUAGCAUGCUCUCCAUUUUGAGCGAAGCGAGUUGCGAGAGAACGCGUCUCCUUUCACGUGCUGCCUUCGCGUGACCACUCGCGACUUUCCCAAGUGGAGAGCUCGCUCGCAGGCUAGUUUUCUUCCUGUUGUAGCGUUGAGUCUAUGGAUGAAAAUCGACGAGGUAAAAAUUUAGCGAAAUACAGCGAAAGGGUCUGUCCACAUUGUACUAGAAUAGCUAGACCAAGAGUCAUCUUAACUUGCCCGAAAAAAUUCUUUGAUUAGCAGGAUUGAUUACCGUUCUUCUGUAAUUUUAUAAAAUUCUCCGAAAAAAACUUCACUCGCACGUCGGGCAAGUUCAGAAGCGAAUUCACUAGCCCCAUAGCAAAAUCCACUAGCCUUGGGCUAUCGGACACGCCUUCCUUUGCACGCUGUGUGUUUUAAACCAUUAUACUCGUUUGCAUAUUUUCUUAAUCAGUGGAAUGGUUGGUUAUAAUACUUGUUAUUUAAAACUGAAUCAUUUGAUAAUGCAAUUCUAGAACUCUGAUUGGCUUAGCCAUCGUGGUAUAUAAGCCAUUAUACCACGCUCUCCAAAUAUGGUAACUGUACGCGUCUGCUCAAAAUUAAAAACAAGCUGAAAAUCGAUUGUUUUAAAAAAUAAAGUCGGGGAGAACUCUCGAUAUUUUGGUUGCGUUUUUAAUAAAACAAUUAUUCCACUCGCGCUUGUUGGAUAUGAGAUGAUUAUUGCCAACUCGGCGCUACGCGCUUCGUUGGCUACCUUCCUUCUCAUGUCCAGCGCGCACUUGUGGAAUAACUGCUAAUGAGCCUGCUUGCGUCGGAUGCAAACCAGCAUUAAGGCUAAUAAUACAGUAGAACCCCGUUAACUCGAACUCUGAAGGGAAACGAAAAACAGUUCGAGUUAGCGGGGUUCGAGUUAUCGGGGUCGAUUGAAUGUGAAAUUUGCCGUCUUAAUAAUUGAUAGUUACUGAUUUUUCAGCUCUUCAGAGUAUAGUGCAGCGCAAAUUUAACUUAUUUCAUCGGAGACGGUAACAUGAAUAUGCUUCUUAUGAUAAAACGUGAUCUGUUAGUUGCACCAAUCAAAGUCAAAUUGCUGUAGUGUUAGUUUUAGUGGUUUUACCGAUUAGACAUCAAGAAGACAUAAUGAAAUGGUAUCUGAGUGGAGUUACAAGAACCAGAAUUAAAGUCAUCGGGGUAAAAUUCAGUGAAAUUUUGAUCAAGGGAAAGGAAAUUUAGUUUGAGUUAGUGAGGAAUUCAAGUUAUCCGAGUUCGAGUUAACCUAGUAAAAAUCGGACUGAAAAGUGGGGUGAAAUCGAAGGAAAAUUAAGAACUUAGUUCGAGUUAUCCGAGUUCAAGUUAUCGGAGUUCUACUUUAGUUAGACGAGGAGACUGGUUGUGAAUGACUGCAAGCUUCAAAGGUAAUAUGGGCUUCAUAACUAUUUUACUCUCUCAACUAUGGGCUUAAACCUUGGACCAAAGAUAAUUCUUGUUACCACGUUGGUCUUGACACUUGUUACAAUCUUCUCAGACGCAUUAUGCUUUACUGCGUGGGUUAAUUAAGAAAAUUGUCACAUAUAUCAAUUAUAGUUUUUUGGCAAGUUGACAGCGCCUUAUAUCUGUACAACCUUAAGUCUGCAAAGAACACGCACAAAAUUGGUCCAAAGUUUUAAUCAUUUUUCUUGUUACUUAAGACAAUUUAAUAUAUCUGCAUAAGUGACAUCCAAAACGCAGUUGGCAUUGUGUUAAAGUAAAGGGUUUCUUAGUUGAUUUUAAAGAUUCCUUUCGCCUCGGCUGUUAAGUCUUAAAGACAAAAGCUUGGAACAUGUUCAAGUGAGACGCACUCACGAUUGUUAAGUCUGUUUAUUGGAUUCGUUUAAGUUCGUGUUAAAGUGAUGCGUUGACCGUUUUGCGGGGGAUGGAGACUUCUCGUAACCCAGGUUCGUGAUAAGAGGCUUUCAAAUGAGUAAACAAAUAUUGACGGAAACACGGCUCAGUACGGCUGAGUCUGUGGAGAAGUACAGUGAAUGACGCAUUCAUGAGAGAUCUUUGGAUUCGAGACGAGGGCGAGGUCUCCAGAAAUAGAGACCCGGAAAGUUAAUUUGACUUUUUUUCACCAGAUGUGUUUUCUUUGGUUUUGGUUGUUAUUGAAGGAAGUUAAGCCCUGUUCUGAUCGCAAAAUGAUUUUUUAAAAAUUUCUAACUUUUGAUAGUUAUUUUCCGUCACUUCAGCAUUCUCGCUAAAACUCGUAGAAGGAUGACGACGGCUAUCGCGUUUUCCCGCCAAAAUGACGCAGGUUUACGCGCGCGCACUACUUAGUAUUGGACCAAAGAUUUUUAAGACCAAAGAUAUGAGGUGCUACGCCGUUUAUUAUGACACUUCAGUUACAAUCUUCUCAGACGCAUUAUGCUUCACUCUGUGGGUUAAUUAAGGAAAGUGUCACGUACGUCAAUUAUAGUUUUUUGGCAAGUUGACAGUGCCUUAUAUCUGUACAGUCUUUAGUCCGCAAAGAACACGUUUAAAAUUGGUCCAAAUUUUUUAUCUUUUUUCUUGUUACACAAGACAACGUGUAGAUAUGCGCCUAAGUGACAUCCUAAAUUCAGUUUGUAUUGUGUUAAAAUAAAGUCUUUUAAAGUUGAUUGUAAGACAUUCGGUUCGCUUCGGCUAUUAAGUCUUUAAGACGAAAACUUGGAACAUAAUCAAAUGAGACGGACUUACAAUUGUUAAGUCUGUUAGUUGGAUUCAUUAAGUUCAUGUUAAAGUGAUGCGUUGACCGUUUUGCGGGAGAUGGAGUCUGCUUGAAACCCGGCCGGGUUCUUGAUAAGAGGCUUUUCGUAAAGCGAGCUUCAAAUGUGUAGACAAAUGAUGACCACCACAAGGAAGAGAUUUGAAUUUAAAGUUUUUCCUCUUAUUCUCCAAAAAUAGACACCCCGGAAAGAUUAAUUUGAGCUUUUUUCACCAGAAAUGUUUACGCUGUUUUUGUUUUUUUUCACUGUAAAGUUAAGUCCUCUACAGUUGAAAACUUCAGUAUUUCCGUCACUUCGACAUUCUCGCUAAAAUCCGUAACAGAAUGACGACGGCUAUCACGUUUUCCCGCCAAAAUGACGCUGGUUCACGCGCGCGCAUUGCUUAGUAUUGAGAAAAUCUCGUCCUUAUCUUAGAAGCUAAAGGUCUCUAUUAUAACUUGAAUUUUCCACUCCAAAACUUACGGUUCGAGCGGUAGUCCUGACAAACUAGCGUUGUGGAGAAUAAGUUGACGUAAGGAAUCUGAAUUCGUCUUAGUUGCAUGCAUUGUUCGUGUACCGAAAAUAAAUUUGAAAAAGAAUAAAAUUUUCAUCAGAAACCUGGCGGAAGUAAAAGCAAUUGUUGAAAGUUUGUUUUAAGCAGCCUCAGAAAAAUUCCAACGUUCUUUGUGUUCUGACACUCAUUUCUAAUCAAAGUGACAAUUAAAUAACAAGUUGAGUUUCUCCAGCAAAUUGGCAAACUCUAGGAAUGUACUGUUUUUACGUAAACCAUGAAAUAGAAAUGGGACUGUUUCAGUAAUGUGGUAGUCACCAUUCCUUAGACUUUAUUGCCUUAGUUAUUUGAUUUUUGUUAGUGCGAGGCUUAAAAACCCGCGGUCGCUCUACGCGUAACACCGACCUCAUUUUUCAUGCAUUUAUCAUAGUUUAGCUUAAUACCCGACUUCCGAAACGAAACUCAGUAAUCUGCUACUUCUAUUUCACUAACCUUGACCAAAUAUUGACCCAACAAACUAGAGGUUAACACAGGUGGCGGGCCACAUGUUAUAUAUCAAGGUUUUUUAAAUCGGCUUACUUUGUUGAAAUAACCAAAUGAUCGUGCCUGAAGUGUUUUUAUCUGUUAUGGUGUUUUGUCGUUAUUUAAGGCUGUUACAGAACGCUGUAUUUUCAAAGGACGAUCAAGAGUUUUUUAUUAUCCAAACCUUAAAACUCUUUCGGAUCGACUUGAAAAUAUCCCAGGCUGCGCGCAGACCUGUCCCAUAGCCUGUAAAUACGUCAGCUACUGUUAAGAAUUGUCGAUACAGAGAUUACCGCUGAACCGUGUUAAUACCAUUUGUACUUAUUUAGAUAGGGUUCUGGAAAAGACUCGUCAAGAUUUCAAGCAGUCAUAAGAUUCCUUCACAUAUCAACGAAAAUUGUUAGUUUUUGGAGAGAACUCCACGUGAACAAAAAAAUGCCUCGUAACAGGAUUCACAAAAAUUUUGAAAAGUUUGUUUAAAAAAAUUGAAAGUUUCCGUAGAUUAGUCAGUCACGGCGACACAACUGAAUGCCAUAUUAUCAAGCCUAAAGUAUUUUGCGUGGCUCCUGCCUAUAAUCUUCUUCCAUCGUUCGUUUAAAUUUUUUAUGGUGCCUUUAUAGUUUAACUGUAAGCAGGUUAAACGUUCACGCUUUCUGCCAGGACGGAGAAAAUUUGUGUAAUGAAGGCAUGUCUACAGUCUAACUAUGUGGAAGUCAUUUGAAUCCCAUUAAAAAACUGUGCCGUGUUUGGUCGAAACAUGUAUAACACGUCGUUUCGUCAACAGGCUGGGUUUCUUUCGGAGUCAAAACGUACACAGUGUUUGAACAGUGUAUCACAACUCCAAUGAUCACGUAAUUGUUUUGGCCUAUUGCAACAGGCGCAGACAUUACAUAGAUCCAAUCAAAACGCUUAGAUGGCUUAUGGCUCCAAGCGCGGGAAGCACGUGCGAGCAAGUCAUUUUUUAUUGGCUGAGAAGUGUCCCGCUUUUUUUUUUAGCCUGUCACGCAACGUAGCAAUGUACGCAAUAUAUUUCAAAGUAACUUUCAGCACUCAACUGAAAACUAGUUAUGAGAAAUUCCUGAAUUACGCAACCAAGAAAACUUACUUUACUUGCCAGUAUUUAAACAGAAACUUCCUUUUAAAAAGAAGUUCCUGUGUCUGCGUCUGCGUCUCUUCGUCUCGUUGGAGUUGAUGCUUCCGCCCCUGUGUUAACCCUAAGGCGAAUGAUUAUUCCCGUACAGUCGAAAAUUGCGUGUGGAACAUUUUAGGAAUUUGACUUGACUCAUAAUAACCUCUUGUAUUAACUAAAAUAAAUAUAGCAACAUGUUUUAUCGUCUAAAAUAAUAUUGAUAAUAUUUAUACAGGAAACUCCUUGCACGUAGUUUUUAUUAAGGGUGCCAAAAGUUAUGACCUUGAUUAACUUAGGGUGAAGUAUAAAACUAUGUUACUCAUGGAUUUGUUCAAGUAGUUGCAAUAAGUCCGUAGCAAUCUUUUUGGAAACUUGGUAAAAAAAAGUAAGUACAGUGAAAAUGUUUCUGUUUGUGACCAUUCGAUUAUGCGUUUUUUCAAAACGAAAAACGGUUUUUGGGGUUUUCAUAAUUGCUUCGGUUUCUAGUUUUGCUCAGUGUGUGUUGAUCCAUUUGUUAGAAGACGCUGUUUCUUCAAGUUUUAAAUGAGUUACUAGGAUUUGUCCUCUCAGUUAAUCGUUGAAGUCUCCGGUUUUUUGUUUCCGUCAGUUUUUAUUGCGGUUUCGCGGUUUUUGUCGAUUUCAGUCGAUGUUCCGGUUUUGUGGUUGCCAAAGCUACUAAAAUUUGUCCGGGGCUGAUCAACCAUCGAUAACACUACCAAAAGUUUGUUACUGGCAAGCAAAUGAAAACACGCUCUGCCCAACAUUUUUCUGAAGUUCACUUUUCACAUCAGAGAGCUUUUUAACUGUUAGAGAGUUAGUGUUCAGAUUUAUAUGUGAAGUUUGUUGAGAACCAGUUACCUUAUGAGGUUGUAUAUUUUAAACAAGUGUAGCACUUAAUUUCAAAAUAGGUAGUCCUAAGCUGUCUUUUUUCUUUGAGCCUCCAAUGUCCACCCAGAAGGAUUGGUCCACCUUUCAAGACUGUCAGUUCAUUGUAGAGCCUAACUAAUUUUAAUAAAAACGAUUUCAUUGUUUUAGAGCAUUUAGACUCAGCAUUUUAAAUGGCAUUGCUUUAUCCUUUUGUGUUUUAGGAGGGCUACACUGCCUUGUACAUCUCACAGAGGGUGAACUUGAAUACAACUAUCACCGAAACACUCACCAAAGUAACAGUGACUCAUAUAACGCUGAAGAGAAAAGCGGUAAGUUCGAUGCAAGUGAAAGGAGCUAGGUUGUGAAAUAUUGGAAGUAGCUCAAAGCCCCCUAAUCACAUUGGAACCAAAGAAACCCUGAAAUAAUGGUUCAGUUUUAUUCAAAAUUAUUCUCAUCCUAUGAAUUCCUAAACUUUAAUUGUAAGGCAUUGAUUUUGAUGGCCAGAGUGGGAACAGAUUGCAACUUCAAAAAACUGGGUCAAGGUUUUCAAAUUAAACUCUUGUGUUGUCGACUAACCAUGUAUUGUUUUCCCUGUGACAGAAUAGUAUGAUAUCUUUCUUUUAGAGUUCCAAUGUGAACACAUGUCUGAGAAUACUUCUCAGGCUUGACCCAAAAAAUAUGGAACUCACCAUGACUUACCCACUUAAUUUAAGUACUACAGCGACGAAAUAUUGUACAACCCUUUUGCAACAUCUCGUUCAAAGUUUUGAACAUUACCAAUUCGCUGUUAGUUCACCAAACUAUUUGAUAUUCCACUAAAAAAAGUUCUAAGUGUUUGAAAAUUUGUGAACCUGUUAUUACAGUCGGCGCCAUUUGUCAACAUUGUUUUAUUCAGGUGGGAAACGUUUUUAAGGAAAAAAACCUCAUUAUAUUGAGAAAGGUGAUCUUCCUCUUUUAUACGUCCUUGACCAUGUUUCAACCUUGUAGUUCCCACUGAAAUCCCACUUAACGAAAUCAUUAUGGCCUGACCGGUUUAAUCGCGCUGAAGUCCAAGGGUCAUUAUUUCGAAUACAGUGGAAUCGAUAUAUCUAAGGGCCAAGCGAAGUAUGUUCGCUGUAUAUCGAGGUUAUUUUCCAUAUAUCUUACUAUUACCAGGGCGAAGAAUGUUGUUCGGUGUACCGAGAACUUCCUUACAUAGAGGUUCGUUAUAUCGAAGUUCUACUGUAUUUCUCAAGUCAAGAAUCUUUCUCUGGAGAAACGUUUUUGGUGCAGAUCAGACAUAAAAAUACAACUACUGGUCUGAUCGUUAGACCUAAAAAAGCAAUCCUUUACAUUUUCUCGUAAGUCCUCAAGACGUCUCUCAAACAAAAGGUUGUCAUGGCUCUGCAUGUGUGCUAUAAUUCUCGGUGCAUUUCGUUGCUGUUUGAAAAAAAAAAAACACAACCUGAAAUGACCAAAUUCUAAGAAUUUCUGCUAAGACAUUUCACGAAGAAUUUAUGUUUCGCGCACCGAAGUCGCGAAUAUACAGGAAAGCAACUAGUGGUGCCAAUGACAUUCCCUUUUAAUGUGGUUUGUAAUUUUUGGAGCUUUAAUAAGUCGUUCGUUGAAGGGACGGUGUCAAUUGUUAUCAACAUUUUGGAUAAUCUAAUGUGGUAAAACCUGUACUAUCAUUAAGAGGAAUUGAGAAAUUAGGGUCUUCUAGUACAGGCAAAUCAUUCAGGAGAUCUUGGAUGAACGUUUAACCCAGUAUUGUCAAAUGUUCACAUUAUACAGACAACAGAAUACAAGACUUGUGUAAAAGUUAGAUUUUGCGGUAUUUAUACAUAUAUCGUACAUCGUCAGACUAAAAGGUGACAUACGAACAGUGUUAAAAUACCACAAGUGUUGAAUAAAUGUUAUACAUUUGGGGAAAACACUCCAGUAAGAGUCAGAAGUCGACAGGAGCUUGCAGGUAUAGCUCUGCUGGCUUUUAAGCUUUCGUUUAACGAUGGGGUCAUAUGCUUUUGAAAUACAGUUGGCUUCUUUCUACAGUUUCUAUAGACGGAGAUUCAAGUUAUCGUCGUAUUGUAAUUUCCUUGGUGUUACGGCGAUUUUUGUUCAAGAAUGAAGUGUUCUUAUUAGCAUAAAUAUGUGGCAGGCUACACGAGUUGUGAAUGAUCUUUGAGAGGCUCCUAACUGCUUAGAUGUUAAUGGCUCAGGUAGAAAUGGGUACGAGGUUGAACCAGUCGAGUCGAAGUUUUCAACUUCUUGUAGUACGUCUUAGUUGACUCGAGUACAGAAUCAUUGUGCUCAUGCAUUCCUCUUUCCACAAGGCAUUUCCGAUUUGAUGGUAUCUUUUUGAUGUGGAUCUAGACGCCAUUUAUGAAUUAGACAUGCAGGUAUUGGCUGAAAAUGAAGUAUUCCCCAUGACGCUGACCCUAGCUAUUAAUGUUCAAACCAAUUCAGUAUACAAUAUCAGUUGUGAACUUAUCACUACUUCGAGAGCCUAGAGAAGUUAGUUUGGAAACCCUGUUCUCGGAAGCUCGGAAUCUCGGAAGCUACGGGGAAAUUCGUCGUCACAUGAUCCUUUUACGUGUAAAAUACGACGGUGAGUUAUAAACUUUACGAUAAGUUUUUGAGAUCUUGGAAGAACGUGGAAGUUUCAACGUUCCUCAAUAAGCUUGAUAUUGAUUUCUGCAUUCGAAGGAGCGAGAAUUUUAACAGUUUGUAAGUCUAAGGAUUAAGAAUUUAUACUUCUUAAACUCUUUCUUGUCUAAAGCUAAUGCGAGCGUUUGUCUGCUUUAAGUUCAAGAUAAGAGUACAGAUACAGGGAGGGCGGAGGCUGUGAUGGAAAAUAAACAAAAAAAAUCAAAGUUUUGUGUUGGCCUUAAAAUAAGUAUUUGAUAUUUAUUGUCGAAUAUAUUGUAGUCCAAAAACUAAUAGUUAUCGGGAGCAUGUUCGCAGUUUGGGUAGGAAUUUAAAGCGUGAGGUUAGAGAAGUUCGUUAAGAAUCUUCGCCACGACUACUUGUAAAAUGAUCAACCGUCCUGGGUUAAUUAGAAAACGUGGAUGCCAAGGACUGACAGUUACAAUAUUGCUUUGUUAACGUCGAUUCAUGCUCUGAUACAAAGUGCAAAUAAGCUGCACGAAUCUGAGAUCUUAGAAAUUAGACAAUUUUGUGAGGCGUGAUCGAAGUCAACCUAUUAUCUUGCAUGUUUUAACGCUACAAUGAGAUUAUUAUAUCACCCUCAACAUUGUAUGGGCUUUUGAAACUCUUUAUAUUGAAUAAGCCCUGUCAGAUUUUUAAGAUUAGCUUAGGAUACAUACAGUUUACAAUUUAAAGUUAAAGACGUCUGACAUUCCUGUCGCUUGUCCAAGUUUAACAGUCCGAAUUUUCAUCGAGUACCAACCAUAAUGUAUGUAUUAGCGAAGAAAGAGUUGCUAAUAUAUUUAUUUGUAGUAAAUUUAUUUCUUAUCGCCUUUGUAUGAGUAUUUCUUGUGUUGUUUUCCGAGCCUUUUUGCCAACCGUCUUUGCUUAGUUUUUUGUUUCUUAACUCGAUUAGCUUUUAAGUUAUUUUGAGUAACCUUUACCUGCGUUUUGCAUGUGUGUUUCGAUCAACAGGCAGCUUUGUAGUCUCGGUCACUGGGCACUUUUAGGAACGCUCCUUUUAAAAAGUGUCACUUUUUAAUACACUCUUCCUUGAGAUGUCCAGCCUCGCAAGCCAGCUCUCUCGCCUAGGGGAAAGGGGUUUGGAGUCUUCUGUGACCCCACUCCUCCUGAGGCUACAGGAUGUCAUACCCAGGAGAUCAUACCUGGGAUAAACCCUUGCAUUUUAAGCCUCAACACCCCCCUGAGAAAAGCUAUUUCUUUCAUUCUUGACUCGCUAACCCCUAGGGGACGUAUUUGACAGAAAGCGCCUGCGAAGUCAUCCGCUACACUGCUGAAACUGCAGUUAAUUCCCGUGACAGCUCACCUAAGUGACGUUACGCUUGCGUGACUUUCAUGAAAGUCUCUUUAAGCUUGUGUGACUUGACGGUAUUGUUUACCUGUUUAGAAAAAAGAAGGAGGGGAAGGCGAAGAAGACCAGGACUCAGACGACAUUGUGUUCAGUGCAGCACCGGAAGAGUUAGAAGUGGAAGAGGUCCUUGAGGCUUUAGAGCUAGCUGAAGUCGAGGAAGGUAAGCUCGUACAAUUCAGUUUUGAGUAGCGUGCAACGGGAAUGAUUAGUGCCUCUCCUUUUGACUGAUCUUACCUCUACCCUAACAAAAGUAAAAACAAGCCUUACAAAAACCUCAAAAGACACGCAAAGAACCCGGCGAUUGCGCAUGAACCUUACGCUUGUAUUCUCAGCGUCCAUAUCCAAGCGUGACAACACGUUUUUUCAACCGAAAAUUUUGUGCAAAGCUCACUGGAAGUUUUGAAGUCGGUGCAAAAACUUAGAAUCACAGUUGUUUGGCUUUUGCUUCGUUAAGAAACUUAAGCGACUAACUUUUAUCUUCACGUCUUAGCUUGCGAGAGUACAUUGUACCUUUUACUUUGAGUCGCGCCGUUGUGAUAGCUCCCAUGACCCGCUUGACUUCUGGGUAAACUAAUCGGCUUUGAAUCCGGGUAAAAUCCUGUCAUGUCACCAACCCAUGGAAACCUUUUAAUUACGCCAAUAAGUGCAGACUUUGGCUACCUUCCAAACCUAAGCUUAACUUAAUCCCUGGGUUACUAUAAAUCAGAUUGCGUACAUCUGGCGUCAAAAGUUUUGCGACCCAUCACAAACACUAGCGUGAGCUAAUGAAUCCGGACGACGUCUGUCUCUUCAGGGUGAAGGAAGAUAAAUAUUUAAAAAUAUAACAAAAACAUUUUAAAAGCUUUAAAACGAGGAAGAACAUGGAGUGGGGAUAGGAAGUGUAGGAUUGCAAGGAUGUCAGUGGAUUAAAAGGUUCAUCAUUGAUUUCGUGAUGACAGCGGUCACUGCUGUGACGGUCCAGAUUGCCACUUGAGCUUUCAAGUCGUAAUAUUAAGUUUUAUUUUUGCUCCAUUCACACCAACAAAACAUUUUUAAUUUCAGUAAAUGUGGGUUAACAAUUUGAAAACCAUUAAGAGAAAAUGCAAAACUCAGCCGGCACUUUUCGCGUAUAAAGAAGUUUUAAACCGCGUCAAAAUUAACAUCGUUUAAACGUGUCUUAGCUCUGGUCUGAAUAGAUCAUAAGUUUACAAUUGCUUUAUUGUUUUUUAACCGUUGAAAGUAAUGAAGCAAAGCCUGUAUGCGUUUUCAUUAAAAUCCGAGUUAGAACGUCCUUUUCAACGUGCCGGAACUUGAUAUUUUUACUGCAGAACCAGCAAUUCCCGAAGAGUCCAUCGACCGUUUUAUGACAAUGGAGGAGAUGGUAGAUGAAGAACACCACUUGACUCUCGGCCAACACCGAGACUCGGGCAUCUUCAGCUCCUCACGAUUCUCCGGAGGGUUCUUUGAGGGUACCCCUACUGGAUCCAGAGCAUCCGACUUGGACCGAUCGCGUCUCUCCGAUUUCAAUGUAUCACAGACCAUAACGACUUCGGAAACCAUCGUAACAGAAUCGGAGUUGCCGUCGAGUCUCGCAGAUAUGGCAGCGGAUAACGUGCCUAAGUACGAGCCGCCCGUUUCCGGGGACUUCCUUGUUAGUUUUUUGGUCGACGCUCGGGGAGGGAAAAUGGAGAGCUCGCAAACAGGACUUCGAAUUACCUUGCCGCCAAGAUCUUGCCAGAUGCCAACGAGAAUUACUUGUAAACAAAUACGGUGAGUCAUACAUGGACGGUUAUUGAACACAUACACGUAAAAAUUUCCAUCAAAGUAUAGUUCGAUAGUUUUCAUUUGAAGAAUCACAGUUUAUUUUGUAGACGCAAAAUUUAAAACCACCUUGUGUACUGCUUAAUAUAUGUCAUUUGAAUGGUACACUUAAAGGUUUCAUUUUCAAACGUUAAAACCACCCUCUGAAGUAUAAUACACAUCACCACAGGAACGAACUGUUCAAUAGCUUUUAUUUGAAUGAUCACACUUAAGAGUUUAAUCCGCAGACGCAAAAGUUAAAGCCACCUUGUACAGCAUUAUAAACAAUACGGUAGGAACGUACAUGUACUGCUCAGUAGCUUUCAUUUGAAUGUUCACUCUUUAGAAUUUCGACAACAGAUUCAAAACCUAGAACUUUCUUGUACAGUGUAAUGAAUAGUACCGCAGGAGAGUCGUGCUUAGUAGCUUUCAUUUAAAUUGUCACACUUAAAAUUGUAGGCCACAGACUGAAAAGUUAGAACCGCCUCGUACAGCAUAAUAAACAGCACUACAGGAAUUAAAACCUGCUCUUCAACAGCUUUCAUCUAAGUCACACCAGAAACCCAUAAGGGGUUGAACAACCCCUUAUGAGUUUCUGGUCACACUUAAGAGCUUAGUCCACAGACUGAAAAGAUAAAAUCACCAUUUGCAGCAUUAAAAAAAACAAUACCACAGAAAAGUGACUGAACCUUUAGACCCUUUGUACGGUCCUGACUGUCUGUUUAUCUUUUUUGAUUUCUAAGAAACGUUUGUCAAACAGGCUAACAAGCAAAAAAAAAAGGAAAAUACUGCAUAUACCCAAACCUGGCGUUUGGUCUUAAUGGUCUUAAUCUUUCUCUUUCAAGGCCGAACAAACCAUCUCUGUUACCGCCGCUUUAUGAAGGCGAGGCUCUUGCCUGUCGCGUCCUUGAUGUUAGCCCGUCGGGCGUCAAAUUUCUGCAGCCUGUUUACUUGGAGUUGCCGCAUUUCUCUGCGCUUAGAGAUGGCGAAAGAGAACUUGUUGUACUUCGAACUCAGGAUGGAGGGUGGAACUGGCAGGAAGUUUGUGUCGAAGACAUGAAAGGUGAGCGAAUAGGAGACUGGGCCGUGUGUUUUAAUAAUAAUCUUAAUAACCUUUAUUUUAAGAGGGUGACACCAAUUACUAUGAAGUUUUCUCCCUAGUGGUCCUCUAAAAACAAAAUUGAUAAUAAUAAAUUACAACAAUCAUGAUAAAAAGCCUAUGCAAAUAGUAAUUAUAAUAAAAGAUCUUAAGAAUUCCAGUAUUCUCCCUCCCUAGUGGCCCUCUAAAAACAAAAUUGAUACCAAUAAAAUUACACUUAUCAUGAUGAAAAGCCUAUUUACAAAUAGUGAUUAUAAUAGAAGGUUCUUACAAAUUCUAAGAGAAUACAGAGAAUCCCUGAUACAGCGAUUUUCGUAUGACCUUGAAAUGAAAACGCGCGAACAAAAUAGAAACAACAAACUAACCGAAAUAGAGGGAUUUGAUUGGUUUAUCGAACGGAUACAAACGCGCGUGGCUUUUGGUUGGUUAAGCGCACGCUCGGAUGAGAAAACUCCAUGCCCGAGAACUCUCUAGAAAUCAAUCAAUACUUCGCUUUGACGUCAUACUGCAAUACGAUUAACCAAUCGAACAAUGCCUUCUCCAUGUUAGGGAUUGUUUUGGCGGGAAAACGAAGAGUCUCUGUGUGAUCUUUUUAUCCGUUGGCUGAUAAAACAAAUAACGAACUCUUACCGAAACUAUUUUUCAAGGUCAUACAAAAAUCGCUCUAUAGCUAACUGUAAUGUAGUGUAGUGAGUUACUGUGGUGUAAGUGAUGGUGUUGUAUUGAUGUUAAUGUUGGUGUUGGGGGUUAAGGUGCUGGUGUUAGUGGUGUAAGUGUUGGUGUUAGUGUUGGUGCUGGGCAUUAAUGUUGGUGUUAGUGUUAGUGUAAUAGGCCCUUUGCAGGUUUCCAUUGACGUGGUACAAAACCGGCAUAUUGGGACGCAAACCUCGCACUGGGACAAGACAAACAAUGGAAAUUACCAUUUAGAAUUAUGUGUGCCUUUUGUUGGUCUUACCUCAAUGCGACUUUUGCGUGCCAAUAUGCCGGUUUUGUACCACGUGGAUGGAAACCGUCAAAGGGCUAAUUGUUAGUGUUGUUGUUAGUAUUGGUUGGUGUAACUGUCAGUGUUGUUGUUAGUAUUGGUGUAAUUGUUAGUGUCGUUGUUAGUGUUGGUGUCAGUAUUGGUGUAACUGUUAGUGUUGAUGUUAGUGUUGGUUCAGUUGUUAGUGUGGUGUUAGUGUUGGUGUAUGGGAUUAACUUUGGUUCAAGUGUUAGUGUUAUAGGUUAGAGUCGGUGUUAGUUUUGGUGCAUCGCCUCCCUCCUCCCAAUAAAUUAAAAUCUAUUACCAAAUUAUAUCUUAUCGUUUCUUGUUUCUUAAUUUGUUUUAGCGGUGGAUGGUUACAGUUCAGAUAUGAACAUUCACCAAGGAUUUCCUAGCAAGAGAUACGCUCGAAUAGAAACACAUGACUUCCCUGAGAAGUUCUCUAUCAUCUCCCGACUGAAGAAAGAAAAUUUCAUGGUUGGACCGGGCGGAGAUAUCCUUAAGUCUUCAGUGCUUCCUCAAGUUCAAGUUAAAGUUCCUGAAGGAGCUGUGUCAAGUGGAACGAAAAUUAUUUUGCAGGUUAAUACUUUGUGCCCUCUUCUAUUUCGCAUCGCUUUUGGUGGUUUUGAUAUUGUCGAAUUCAUCUUGGCGUCAUUGCUUACAUUUGGCUCGUUAGCAUACGAGUUUACCCGUAGAAUGGGGUAUGGGCGAAUUGAAUUCUGAAGUUGAAAGUUUUAGUUGUCUGCAAGUAAUCGUAAAGAAAAUAAAUAAAGUAACCUGCCAGCUCGCGUCUCCUUUCGCGUGCUGCUCUCGCGUGACUUCUCGCGACUCCCCCAAAUGGAGAGCUGCAUUUUGGUCUCCUGUAUAGCCGCUCUUUGUCUUGCCACGCAACGCUCCUUCUAUUCGCCACGCUUUUUCUAUUCUUUCGCAAAGACUUCUGGGAUCAUUACCGGGGACGCGCCGGUCAGCUAUUGGCCAAUUUUCCCCCCUCUCCCACGUGACAGUCCCAGAAGUCUUCGCGAAAGCUUACUCAGCCCAGCUUCCGUCUCGUUUCUAAAGGGGCGAAUGGCGACACAAAGAAAUGCUGCGUAAGAGUAACUGCAAAAUUAGGGAGCUUAAGCAGCGACGUUUUUGAGCGACGCACGUCAACCGGAAGUGAGCCGUUUUCUCUUCUAGUACGCCUUGACGCUACCGUAUUUAUAUUGCCAAGUGUCUUAAUUCUUAAAGAGACGAUCUGCCCAAAAAUUUGUUCAAAAUCACGGCUCAAGUGUGCAAAAAGUCCAUUUCCGGUUGACGUGCGUCGCUCAAAAACGUCGCUGCUUAAGCUCCCUAUUGCUAGACUACAAAAACGUUAAUAAGCCAGAAAACCGUCAAUUUCUACGCGGUUUUUCAACGCGCAUAUUUUUGGUGACUCUUUUAUCGGUAAUCUUGCCUUAGAGGGUAAAGGUGCCUUGUAUAAGUGAAUAAAUUGUAGAGUAUCGGUCUUUUGUCUUCCUAAGGGGAGUGAGACAAGGAAAUUGGCAAACAAAUAAGUCAUCCGAACUGAUUAAACUUCUUCAUUGUCUUGUUCUUUCAGGUUCAACCUGCUGAUGAAUCGUUCAACGACUAUGAGGAAUGGGUGGCUGUGAGCCCUGUGGUAUCUUUAGAACCACAGGAAUUAGUCUUUUCCAAGCCUGUAUCCAUUACCAUUCCCACCCCUUUGUACAGUGCGAGUGGAGAAGAGGUUGAUAUCCAGCCCUCUUUGAGACUACUCAGCUGUCAGCCGCAGGACAAUAGGAAGUCUAUGUCCCAUGCCCCUCUCUACAAUUGGACUGACAUCACUGAUACAACACCGCUGAGCGUAGUAAACGCGUGCGCAACUUUCACGACCAGUUAUCCCGCAAGGUGAGACACGAAACAUCUGCCUAAGUUCCUUUUCACCUUUGAAGGUGCUGCGUCGCGUUUGUUUUGGAGGAGUUGACAUGUAAUCGUGUCAAAUUGUUAAGAAAAAUCGCCGUUAUUCAAUUUGAGGAAGCAACUGUCUAAUGUCUUUUAGGUUCUGGCUUGUGGAGACACGUAACCCAGACAACGUGACGUCAGACGCACGCCUUCUGUUCCGUAAGUUAACCGCUGUCCCAUUCUUGGCCAAGGUCGUGGUGUUCGCCAAGGUUUCACCUGAUGGAACCGAGGCUACACUAAGAGUCUUUUGCAUUACUGAUGAUAAUAUCGACAAGACGCUCGAAAAGCAGACAGGCUUCACAGAAGUAGCGCGAAGCCGAGAUGUUGAAGUCUGCGAGGGAAGACCAGUUCACGUCAGGUAUGUGUGAAAAUAACUUACACUUAAUUUAUCGCUUACACAUUUAAAAAUCAGCAGAUUACACGAGUUCAGAAAAUUAAACAAUACCUGUUUUCUGAAACGUUGGAUUGGCCGCUGUAUAACGGCUGACGGCCUUGUGGACACCUCGCUGGUAAAUACAAAAUAAGAUGGACCUAAGGGAGGUUUUGUGAGCCCGCGAGACUGAGCAACCCCCACAAACCCUUGUUUCCACUAAAACCGCUGGACACAAAUUCCUCCCUGGGUCGAUGUUACAUUGCAAAAACCCACCUCUCUAUUCCCCACUUCGGAAACUCUGGGGAGAAUGGGUACAAGCUUUGGGUGCAGUGAUCUCUGGGAUUGCUUUAAUGGACAAGCGUUAAUUAUGAUUGGUCAAUGGUAUACAAGGCAACCAUUAACCAAUCAUAAGUAGCGCUUGCCCACCCAGACGAUCUGAGCGCCAUCUUUCAUCAUUUAGCUGUUUAUUAAUAUCGUUCGGUCUUUGCUAACGUUGAUCAACGCUUUGACUGGCUUUGACAGCGACUUUGUUGAACACGGGCUAAAUUCUGUUUUAAGUAUUGGCCCUGAGUUUUAAUCCUUUUUUGUUUGUAUACACUAGGUGUUUAGGCAAUGUCACGCCAGUCAACCGUGAGCCACUGCAGUUCACAUUUAAUCCUUUCCGCGAAAACCGACUGUCCGUGACGGUGUGUGUAACUGAUCCGUCCCAGCCCCCCACCUGCCGGCUGGCUUUACUCAAGGAACCUCGUAAAGAUCGACAGGGGAACGUACGAACAAUUUGUAACUUGAGCAUCGACCUGUCUGAGGAGGUGAGCCGAGAAGUUUGCCUAGCCAUUUUUGGUUUUAUAGCUCGUGUCACGCGAGAGCAGCACGCGAAAGGUCGCGUGCUGCUCUCGCGUGACUUCUCGCGGUUCUCUCAAAUGGAGAGCUUGUUCGAAGGCUAGGAACUAUGAAAAUGUGAUUUUUAACCCUUUGGUUUAUGGACGAGCUCCUACAUGAUAUGACAGAGUGAUGAGGGAAAUACAACCUCUUGCAGUCCUUUCGUAUAAUACUUUAAUUUGCUUCUAACUUGAAGUAUUUCUUCAAAUGAAAUUUCGUGUUUAAGUUAAACUGUAUUUUUCGUUGCCAGUAGCAGUAAAAAGGUUGAAUGCUGUCCAGUUUUGAGAACUGGUCAUAUUGUGCUGCCACUAUCAUUGUAUCUCUAGUGUAAAAAUCGACCAGAGCGGACGACGCUUAAAAUGUAUGCAAUGUUUCGCGUUUUGCGCUUUCAAAUCAAUUGCUGAGUUAUGACGAUGUCUUUCAUUCUUUCUUUUUACUUACUCAGAACUUGAGGAAAGGCAAUGGGACAGCUCAACUUCCAGGUAUGUUCAGCUUGAGGUAAAGUUACUCGGGACAAAUCGCAACGACGAUUUUUAGCGCAACACAAGGUGCCAAUAUAGAAAAGAAAAGUGAUGACGUCACAAAAAGUAAAUUUGUGAAAUUAGGAUAUAGGUUGGCAUAUCCAGAAAGAACAAGAUGAAAAAUGGCUACUUGCUAAAAAUCAGCCUGUUGGUGCAUAUUUCACAAACUUGAAUUUUUGCAACGUCACGUUAUUGGAACACGUUUUGCAGCCUUUCGAAACAAUGUUGUAACGCUGUGUUGCACUUCGUCGUUGCAAAUCGUCCCGCGUAAAAUCACCUGUUUACUGCGAAUUUUGAAAUAGACCAUAAAUGCACGCACAAUAUAGAGGUAUGACGUCAAGCAUGACGUCAUGUCACCAUGGUAGCACUAUUUCUGGAUGACAACAAAACCAUCGACGACGGCGACGGAAGGAGAACGGCAACAAAGCAAAAGGUUUUUAUUGACGCUAUUUUGUACAUUUUUUUCCCGUCGUUGCACCCUUGCGACGUGAAACUUGAACACAACACAAACGUUGUCUUUUUCCUACUCUAAACUUAGAUACGGUCAUUUAGAUUCAACCCGAGGAAAUUUCGCCGACAUUUGCCAAAUUAAAUGAAAUUGAAUAAGAUCGAUGAAGUUUGAAGCGGUGCGGAUUCACUUUUUAAGUCACGUUUUCGGUUUGUUGUCAUCCAAAAAUUUUGCUACUAUGGCAACGUGACGUAACGACUUCUCCUCUCUAUAGCCCCUUCCACGGUUUUUUCACUGACUUUUGACAGGGACCAGUAAGCCAAAAUCCGUCAACACGGCUGAAAAGAGCGCCUGAAAAUCAUCACAGUUGCCAAGUUUGACAGUGAUUUGCUGAAAACUAACAAAGAUAUAGCGCAGCAAAGUCGCGAAAUUUUACCGUCUACCAGACGUUUGUAUAGUGGGGGACGAACUUGACAUCGUUUUUCUUCCAAAAUAAGGACAAAUCUUCACUUUUUAGAGCGUAUUAUUUAAGACGGUUGUCUCAACUGUGCGUUUAAUGGUCGUUCUCGAAAUUUUGAGCAUAAUAAAUUGCAGGCUUUUGGGUUUGAAAACAGAAGGUUUCAAAUUCGCCAUUGGUCAGAGUCAAGUGGUUGCCAUGAAAUGACUCCAAAGUGAUGGGAAGUUAUCUAACGGAAUGAUGACGGUUAAAGGUUCUGUAUCUGAUCUCUUCCACUUAGGGGGGACGCAAACUGUAACUCAAAAGGUUCGUUUUAUAAACUCAGCUAUAUAUUCAAUUUGCCCCGGUAAAUACCAGCUGCUGUUAUGACCAUGGAAAGGCUCACUGUCUUUUUUUUUACUGGAUGCGACCGAAAAGCGCGGGAGCGCUUGGAAGCGGGUGUGCCCACCAUGUACCCCCAUCCCCCUGCGCCGGUUUUACUCGCUUUCUGCUACUUUCAGCUUACGUUAAGGAAAUGAGGAGCUGUGAGCAAUGCGACUGAUUGAUGUCCGUUUUAAUGAAAUGAAGAAAAAAAAACCACUUUCCGUAGUAGUGAAUUGCAUUCACAGUUGUGUUACUUGUUUCUUUGUAGAUGAAUUGUUAACAUUGAUUGGAAAAAGUGUUGGUGGCGAAUGGGUUGGCCUCGGUCAGGAGCUUGGGUUCACCGACUCAGAACUCCAAGAAAUUUCCGACAGACAGUGAGUAUUUUAAAACUGAAAUGUUUUCCUGCAAUGAACUCUCGUGAUUCCUAAACAUAGAGUUUGCUCGCCGCCUAGUUUGUGAUUAUCUUUUAUGGUGCCGUUUAUGAUGUUAAACUGGACUGUAGAGUCUAGAUAUAAAAACCCAGGGGUAUUUGAUCAGGCGCCGAGUGUUAUCAGGCCUGACAAAACACGAUCUGUAUGUUUAUUGAACAGAUCCACCCAUUUUUCAAGAAAUCUGACAAAAUCAGAGUCACAACUCAGCCUUACUCGAAUUCAUUAAUUUUUAAAGUAAAAUGAACGCUACUGGACGUUAAGAUUGUUCUGUAAAUCCUUAGAGCUUGAUAAUUAAAAAACAAGUUCUGAUCCAAAAAUUGCACAAGUUGCGAUCCAAAGAGUGUGGCCAGUCAUAUGAAAGCUACUGAAAUUCCUGUGGUACUUUACAGUGUGUAUUAUGCUUUGUAAGGUGAUUCUAGCUCGUAUUUCUGUAAAUUAAAUCCUUAUAAGUGUGACCAUUGAAAUGAAAGCUACUGAGCAGUACUUUCCUGUGGUACUGUGUAUUAUGCUGUUUAAGGUGAUUCUAGCUUGUAUGGCUGUAGAUUAAAUCCUUAUAAGUGACACCAUUCUUAUGAAAGCUACUGAGCAGACUGAGUAGUACUUCCCUUUGGUACCGUGUAUUAUGCUGUUUCAGGUGAUUCUAGCAUAUGUGUCUGUAGAUUAAGUCCUUAUAAGUGUGACCAUUCAAAUGAAAGCUACUGAGUAGUACUUUCCUGUGGUACUGUGUAUGAUGCUGUGUCAGGUGAUUCUAGCAUGUGUCUGUAGAUUAAAUCCUUAUAAGUGUGACCAUUUAAAUACUGUGUGUUAUGCUGUAUAAGGUGAUUCUAGCUUGUGUGUCUGUGGACGAAAUCCUACGGUGGGACCAGUAUUAAAUGACAGCCAAUGAACAGUACCCUCCAGUGGCUGCCUCCUCCACAGGCUUUCCCAAGGCUCAGUGGGGAGCAGCGAGAGACAACACACGAGAGCUGGAGACAAGCGAGAAAGGCGAGAGGCGGAUGAUGGGAACAAGCGGGGAGUGAUGGAAAGAGAAAGUUCUUACCUUCCCAUCACUCCCUUCGUCCCCGCUUUCCUUAAUAAUUAAAUCAAUAUCCCCCAAAAAGUGAUCGCGAGCGACUGGGGACGAGGCAGCUCCUGUGGUACAGGCAUUGUCUCUUUUAGGAUCCUCAAUGUGAUCCCAUGAUUUGAAGAGUACUUAGUUAAAAACUAACAUUUGGGGGGCAUUUUCUGAUGAAUUCGUCUCUCUAUUCUGUUUUUCUUCUCUCUAGUUCUGCUGAAGCAAACGAAUGUGCUGCUGACGUGUUAAAAACCUGGCGAGACAAGGAGGAUACCGAAGCCAAUAUGGCGGCCCUUGAGAAAGCCCUUCGUGACAUGGGACGAGAAGACAUCGUCAAAAACUUCAAACAGCUUGCGUACAGUAGCUACUCUAAGGAUCCUGUGAUUAUCGUAGAAACGUUUCAUAUAAGCAGCACUCCUGAAAAAGAUUCUACCGACGGCUCAAGUGGUGGCCGACGUCGAAUUUCAGAGUAUCUGGAUGCCGCUGGCGAAACGGAUUGCAUGUUCGAAGAUGGCGGCUCUCCGCGCAUUUCCGGCGUGGAGGCUCAGAACGGAGACGAGGUGUUUGGUGAAGCGAAAAGAAGUUCACCAGAACCAGUCACAGAAGAAUGCGACAUUGUGGAAGAGAAAAAACACAAAGUCGUGGAUGAAGACGCGAAUGUGCAAGACGGUAACGAAAUUAGCAAAGAGGAUACUGAAAAGUUACUCCAAGAUUUCUUUGGUAAUGACAAGGGUGUGCUAAAUUUCCUUUCUGAUGACGCACCGGCAAAAGUGGAAAACGGAAAUACGGAAGAAACCGAGAUUUGAACGUUCGUUGUUUACUGAGGUCCCCUUUUGCAGCUGUUCUCUUAUUUUCACGACCCUAACAGGGGUGUUGUGUGACCGUUGCCAAAGGAGACUUAGAUCGGCCGUGAUUAGGACGUAAAGAUGCAUUGCAGUAGAUGAACGUUCCCGUUCAGUAGAUCGGCUGAAGUCAAGAAGUUAUAAAUGGACUGUUAUUAAGAAGAGCUGUUCUCUUCAGAGUUAGUAGUAGCACAUUUCCGCUUCCGAGUGAGUUUUAUUCGGUCCGUCCAUUAAUGUGGAGGGCUAAGUAUCUAGGGUGGAUUUAUACGUGAAUAGGUCCACAAAUCAUUAGAGGAAGAUUUAAAAUGUAACGUCGUUAAACCAGGGCGUCUUGCGUGCCGGCAGGCUCAAAUAUUUUCAUUCUUCAUGCCAAGCAUGUCUUAAACAGUAGUCCUGAAUGCUGAAGGAAUUUUUUAUUUUGCGCAUAAUUAUGUCAGUACGUUAAUUAUUUAGGGUUUUAAAGUAAUGAAGAGGCUGGACACGAAGGACGAUCAUUUUACCAACUGAAUAAUUGUUUUUACCUCCGUUUUAUCCAGUGCAGAAUUCACCAAGCUUUAUUCACACGCGUAUUUCAUUUUUUGUUUAGCUGUUUUUGUACUGUCCGUCGCCAAAAAUGUUUCGCUAGUGAAAUUAAGUUAUUUGAAAACUUGUUCCUUAGUGUUAUUCCAGUGUCACGUGUGAAGCUAGCAAUUAUUUGAGGAAGGGUUAAUUAUAACCGAGAAAAGUCAGCAAGUAAUGGGCGGUUUCGGGAAAACUUCGUUAGAACUCCGACGAGUUUCGAAUCCACUUCUUAUUAGUCUGUCGGUCAAAAUAAUGGAUUAGUGCUGGCGAUCGCGCUGGCAUACCCUGUUGAUUCAAAUUUUAACCAGUCUGGUUUUGCGGUAUAAUCUACGUUUACAAGAAAUAAGCUGACAACUUUUUUCAAAGAA